GUUCAAUGGGAUACUGCCCCAGAGAGGGACCAUCAGAGCUAUCACCACAGAGGGUAUGGUUCAGAACCCCAGCUAGCCCACAGCCUGCAGAGAAAAAGAGAGCACAUGGAGGUAAGCAGAGAAGCCUCCACACCCUACGCUUACCGGGAACACAGGAAGCUGCCAACAGCUUACCAAGCAGAGCUACAGGAGUUCCGGAAAGAGAAUGAGAAGCUGCGUAUAUCUCAACUAGCUGUACAAAGAGACUUCGCCAAGUUUGAUGGAGUUAAACAUGAAAUGAGGAAGCUUGUGGAUAAGGUCUGCAGCCUCCAGCCACUCCUUCACCCGACUGCAGCUAGCUACACCCCCACAAAGUCUACUCAACAACAAUCUGGCCCGCUGUACGAAUUGAGUCGGUUCUAACAGUACACCUCAUUUCCCCACCAGAACUAGAGGAAUAGUUCUGCGAGGAAUACAGUGAGGAGUACGAUAAUGAUGAAGAGGAAUGCGAUGAUGGUGAGUGGCCUGACCACCAUCAUGGCCUACAUAGGAAGAAUCAGAGCAGCCAGAGAAAGAACAAGUAGUAGACCUCCUGGACAAGAUGAUGAGUGAGCUCAAAGCCAUGAGUUAUCAGGCUACUUCCGCUGCUGCUAAGCAGAGCAGACCAGCAUCAGUAGUCAUGAAUCCAGGCCACCCUCCAAGAGAGGCUACACCUUCUCCAUGUCCCAGAGAGUCAAGUUACCACCCUGAUGGGGACUAUAGCCAACCUCCUCACCAGGCCAGUGCUGCACCUUCACAGCGCUACGUUGGUGCAGUGACCCGGCAGUCUUUUCCUCCAAGGGAUCACCCUCAUGCAGCAGCCUAUGAGCCACGAAGAGCUGCCAGCCAAAGGCAACCAGAGUACCCACCAGGUCGCCGACCAGGUCAGGUUCAAUGGAUACCUAGGUCAGACCCUCAACCCCAUCCGCAGCCCCCUAGAGGCUUCACCGCCACAGCAGCAGCAGUGCAGACCUACAGAGGGCCUAGGCCAACCAUCCCUAACUUCAACAGCUGAGACCCAAGUGAGUUCGCUCGACUGAUGAUUGCACUAGGGAACCUCCUGCCGGGUGACGGGAACGAGCUCUUCAAGUAUCAGAUCCUAGUGGAUCACUUAAAGCUAGAAGAAGCCUGCCUAGUGGCAGAUUCAUACCUCAACUCCCCCACGCCUUACUCAGACGCCAUGGCAGCCCUGAACGAGAAGUUUGGACAGCCACACCAUGUCACCCUGAAGAAGAUUGUGUGUGUCAUGGACUCUCCCGUUGUACGCCGUGGAGAUACAGCUGCCUUCGUUCACACGACAGGUCCUUAGUGGGCAUGCUCUGGACACUGGGUCCAGAUGGCGACAGAGCUGAUGUGUGGGUCUUAUGUGGCACGCCUACUCGGCAAGCUACCACCUGAGAUGAGUUCAGACUUCCGCCGUCGCAUAUUUCAACAGCCAGGUACCACAUACACCUUACUCGAGUUCUCAGUGGUUACAGUAUGAGUAUUGGUGUCAAGACUACGAUGGCCAGUCAUCAAGCAAAGGGCAUAAGGACAGACUAGCAGACCAUUCCUUUCCAUUGACGAGCCUUCAGAAGUACAAGCACUUGGUUGGUCUCCCCCUACAGUCGUUCAUUAACGCCAAGCCUCUAGUCAUCAUUGGUGCAGAUCAUCCUCAUUUGAUCACCCCCAUCGAACCAGUGAGGUUGGGUCCUCCGGGCGGGCCAGCAGCUGACCGGACCAGACUUGGAUAGCCGCUUCACGGUCCGGCAAGGUUGGUGGAGCAACACCUCAGGCCACAGCAGUGUUUAGUGACGUGCAUCAUUCCCCCAAAUUCUGAGUUGUUCAGGAAUGUCGAGAAGCUCUGGCAAGUUGACACCUUACCGUUCUGGAACGAGAAAGAGGUGACCCGGUCGAGGCAGGACCAGCAAGCCGUCGACCUGCUCGAGAACCAAGACUGUAUGCAUAGAGGUAGACUGAGUGUUUCGCUACGCCACCCCGCUACUGCACUAGAGAGACACGCCCUGCUUCCAAGCCCCUAAGGAAGCGGUGAUGCAAAGCCUUAGAAGGACAGAGAGAUGGCUUGCUAAGGAUCCAGAGAGAGCUGGAGCCUACAGUGCUGAGAUACAGAAGCUGGUGCAGGCAGGCUCAGUUAAGAAGUUAAGCUCCAACAUGCUCACUCAAGAAGGAGAUUCGUGGUACAUCCCCCACCACAUGGUGAGUCACAAGGGCAAGAAUCGCAUCGUAUUCAACUGCUCCUACCAGUUCCAGAGUCUCAACCUGAACGAGUCCCUGCUGCCAGGACCUACCUAUGUCACUCCUGGGAGUACUGUUGCGGUUCCGCGAGCAUGCCGUCGGGGAUCAGUGUCGACAUCAAGGAGAUGUUUCAUCAGGUCCGCCUCCUACCUGAAGAUAGGCCCCUCCUACGGUUUGUUUGGCGUGACAUGAAGAGAGAAGAGCCCCCUGAUGUCUUUGAGUGACAGGUGCUUCCCUUUGGCACCACAUGCAGCCCAUGCUGCAUCUUUGCCUUCCAGAGGCAUGUCACAGAAAAUGGUGAGCCUGUCGAAGAUAUUCGGUUCUCUGUAGAAAGGUGCUUCUCUGUAGAAGGGUGCUUCUACAGACAGCCAGUGGACAAGUUACGAGAGCCCUGGCAUCUGGCGGGUUCGAGCUACACAAGUGGGACAGCAACAUGCCAAGUAUCAUCAAUCACCUACCAAAGGAGGCCAGAACAGACAACCUCGAGCUUUGGUUCGCCUAAGAGAAAGAAGAUUGAGUCUACCCUAGGCCACAGCUGGCACUGUCAGUCAGACACCUUGGGGUACAAGCUUCGAGCCGUGGACUAUGGAGUGCCGACCAUGCGGAAUGUGUACAAGGUUCUCACCAGCCAGUACAUUCAUUCUGCCGUACACCACCUGAGCGAAACUGUUGGUCCAGCGUCUCUGGGAUAAACAUUGGGACUGGGAUGACCCUCUUCUCCCUCAAGAUCUACUCCAGGCUUGGAACAAUUGGGAAGGAGAGCUACAGAUCCUGCCACGCAUCACCCUGCCUAGGUGCUAUGUACCUGCAGAUGUCGACCAGUUGAGUGUCACCAGAGAGGGCCAUGUGUUCUGCGAAGCUUCAGAGAAGGCCUACGGGUGAUAGUCAGAAGAUAGUCCUUGCAAGACCGACCUGUCCUUCCUGAUGGCCAGGUCCAGAGUUGCUCCUAAUCGACUACAUUCCAUGCCAAGACCCGAGCUAUGUGCAGCCGUCACUAGAGCCCAGCUUGCCAAGCUGCUAGAGAAAGAGCUUACCUUUAAAAAUCAACCAGACCACCCUGUGGACAGAUUCCACAACCGUGCUGAUGUGGCUGCAGUCGGAAUCCUUCCACUUCAAACCUUUUUUAGGCACCCGGGUGGCUGAGCUUCAAGAACUUACAGACCUCUGUGCAUGGCGCUAUGUGGAUUCGGCGAGGAAUCCCACAGAUGACAUCGAGAUGCAAGACUCUGAAAGACCUUGCGGAGCUCAACAGAUGGCGCCAAUGACCAUCAUUUCUCCUUCAAAGUCCAGAUGAGUGGCCAGCUAAGCCAAAAGCUCAUCCUGAAGAGGACACGUCUGAACUCCGGAAGCCCACCUUCUGUGGUGUCACUGCAAUUGCUGGUCCCCAAGACCCAGAUGUGAGCCAGUGUACCACCUGGAAGGAGCUUCUAGGACAUGCUACAGUUCAUCCUAUCGUCCUCGAUCCUGGUCAUCCAUCCACUAGACUCCUGAUCCAAGAUUACAACAGCCGUAUGUGCCAUCCCGGCCCUGAGAGGGUGUUUGCAGAGAUCCGCCGCACCUUUUGGAUCCUCCGUGGGUGGGAAGCCAUCCGUCGCUUCCAGCACACCUGCACAGAAUGCCGUAGAUGGAAAUCCAGACCUGCUGUCCCCAAGAUGGCUGACCUGCCAGCUGCUCGCCUGCACCUCUUCAAGACAGCCUUCCACUCCACAGGCAUGGACUGCUUCAGGCCUGCCGUAACCCCUCCCAAGAGCCCUUAGCCUUUCUCAGGAGCAAAUUGACGUCGCAAUUUGGGGGUGGCUGGACGAAAGACUAUUGAGAGUAAAUAUUAGUUCAUCAUAGGAGCGCUGUAGCUUCGCCCACCGGUGAUGUGGAGCAGAGAAUGCUGGGCAAUAUAACUGAGGAGAAGGAAGUAACUAGAGAAAGUACACACGCCAAGUGAUAAGUUCCAGCCAUCUCCUGUGAUUACCUUUAGUUAGCAUUCUUUGUUUUAGCCAAGGCCAGUGUGCGUCCUUCAGAAAUCUCACACACUCUUAGUUAACACAAUUGUCAAGCCAUACACUGUGCUGUGCCGUUCCUGCUCUAUGUGAAUCAGCGUCAUAAAACUACCUCAACUGGAAUUUACAUUUACGUCAUUUAGCAGACGCUCUUGUCCAGAGCGACUUACAAAUUGGUGCAUUCACCUUAUAGCCAGUGGGAUAACCACUUUACAAUUAUUAUAAAGACAUUUUUUUUAUUUUUUUUAUAUAAUAUAUAUAUAUAUAUUUUUUUUUAUUCUACCUGUCUGUCAUCUGUGCCCUUACAAGCACCUGGGAGAGAACACAUAGUGCUACGAAAACGCUAACAAUAUACAGUAGUGGUCAAAAGUUUUGAGAAUGACACAAGUAUUGGUCUUCACAAAGUUUGCUGCUUCAGUGUUUUUAGAUAUUUUUGUCAGAUGUUACUAUGGUAUACUGAAGUAUAAUUACAAGCAUUCCAUAAGUGUCAAAGGCUUUUAUUGACAAUUACAUUCAGUUUAUGUAGAGAGUCAAUAUUUGCAGUGUUGACCCUUCUUUUUCAAGACCUCUGCAAUCCACCCUGGCAUGCUGUCAAUUAACUUCUGGGCCACAUCCUGACUGAUGGCAGCCCAUUCUUGCAUAAUCAAUGCUUGGAGUUUGUCAGAAUUUGUGGGUUUUUGUUUGUCCACCCGCCUCUUGAAGAUUGACCACAAGUUCUCAAUGGGAUUAAGGUCUGGGGAGUUUCCUGGCCAUGGACCCAAAAUGUCGAUGUUUUGUUACCCGAGCCACUUAGUUAUCACUUUUGCCUUAUGGCAAGGUGCUCCAUCAUGCUGGAAAAGGCAUUGUUUGUCACCAAACUGUUCUUGGAUGGUUGGGAGAAGUUGCUCUCAGAGGAUGUGUUGGUACCAUUCUUUAUUCAUGGCUGUGUUCUUAGUCAAAAUUGUGAGUGAGCCCACUCCCUUGGCUGAGAAGCAACCCCACACAUGAAUGGUCUCAGGAUGCUUUACUGUUGGCAUGACACAGGACUGAUGGUAGUGCUCACCUUGUCUUCUCCGGACAAGCUUUUUUCCGGAUGCCCCAAACAAUCGGAAAGGGGAUUCAUCAGAGAAAAUGACUUUACCCCGUCCUCAGCAGUCCAAUCACUGUACCUUUUGCAGAAUAUCAGUCUGUUCCUGAUGUUUUUCCUGGAGAGAAGUGGCUUCCUCGCUGCCCUUCUUGACACCAGGCCAUCCUCCAAAAGUCUUUGCCUCACUGUGCGUGCAGAUACACUCACACCUGCCUGCUGCCCUUCCUGAGCAAGCUCUGCACUGGUGGUCCCCCGAUCCCGCAGCUGAAUCAACUUUAGGAGACGGUCCUGGCGCUUGCUGGACUUUCUUGGGCGCCCUGAAGCCUUCUUCACAACAAUUGAACCUCUCCCCUUGAAGUUCUUGAUGAUCCGAUAUAUGGUUGAUUAGGUGCAAUCUUACUUGCAGCAAUAUCCUUGCCUGUGAAGCCCUUUUUGUGCAAAGCAAUGAUGACGGCACAUGUUUCCUUGCAGGUAACCAUGGUUAACAGAGGAAGAACAAUGAUUUCAAGCACCACCCUCCUUUUAAAGCUUCCAGUCUGUUAUUCUAACUGAAUCAGCAUGACAGAGUGAUCUCCAGUCUUGUCCUCGUCAACACUCUCACCUGUGUUAACCAGAGAAUCACUGACAUGAGAUCAGCUGGUCCUUUUGUGGCAGGGCAGAAAUGCAGUGGAAAUGUUUUUUGGGGAUUAAGUUCAUUUUCAUGGCAAAUAGGGACUUUGCAAUUAAUUGCAAUUCAUCUAAUCACUCUUCAUAACAUUCUGGAGUAUAUGCAAAUUGCCAUCCUAAAAACUGAGGCAGCAGACUUAGUGAAAAUGAAUAUUUGUGUCAUUCUCAAAACUUUUGACCACGACUGUACAGUCCAACAGGUCCUCCACUUCAGAUUGUGUAUGUGUGCCAUUGAGGUAAGAGUGCCUUUGAAUGGGGUAUGGUAGUAGGUGCCAGGCGUACCAGUUUCAGUGUGUCAAGAACUGCAACGCUGCUGAGUUUUUCAUGCUCAACAGUUUCCCGUGUGUAUCAAGAAUGUUCCACCACCCAAAGGACAUCCAGCCAACUUGACACAACUGUGGGAAGCAUUGGAGUAAACAUGGGCCAGCAUCCCUGUGGAACGCUUUCUACACCUUGUAGUCCAUGCCCUGACGAAUUGAGGCUGUUCUGAGGGUAAAAUGGGUGCAAGUCAAUAUUAUGAAGGUGUUCCUAAUGUUUUGUACACUCAGUGUAUAAUAGCUUAGAUUGAAAUGAACGGAUUGAUGUCAAUUGUUGUUUUAUAUAUCAGUUCAUAGACCGAUGCCAAGGGAUUGCGACUUCCAAGACCUGUUCCCAACUGACUUGAAUUUUAUGCGGCGUAGCUUUUAAUGAGAAUGACAGAUCUAUAACUCAAAUUUCUAUGUGAAUUUGCUCGGGUUGCCAAAAAAGUUACAUAUUGCAGCUUUAAAGUCAAAAGGUUUGACAGCUUUGCUGCAUAAAAUUGAAGUCGCUGCAUUAAUUUCUAACUUGUCAAUGUUUUAAUUGGAUCAGAUUUUUAUAGCUCAUAUUUCAAUGGCCAUAAUGAACAAAUAUGGUGACCUUGUUUUAGUCCUAUUGACAAUUCAAAGUUCUCAGAGAAGUAAACAUUGUUCAUGAAUUAUUAUACAUAACCUUUACCCAUCCUAUAAGAUUCUCUGAAGUUGAAAAAGUCUUGGCACUUAUAAAUGAAUUCUCAAAAUCUGGAUGACAAGCCCCCCCAUCCACAGGUCACUGAAUGGUUUGAUGAGCAUGACAAUGAUGUAAACCAUUUGCCAUUGCAAUCUCAGUUACCAGAUCUCAACCCAAAUGAACACUUAUGGGAGAUUCUGGAGUGGCGCCUGAGACAGCGUUUUCCACCGCCAUCAACAAAAAACUAAUUAUGACAUUUCUCGGGAAGAAUGGUGUCUCAUCCCUCCAAUAUUGAAGAGGUUUUGGGCCUCAACUUUUAAGAGACUUGUUUUUUGUACUGUCCCCCCGGAUGCUGCUUCAUUCAGUUGGAGAAACAUUUUUUUGACUUCAUUCUCCAUUUGUAGAAAAAUUCUGUAUGAUCUAUGUUGAAGGUUCAAGAAGAACUUAGCAUUUUUUUGUUUAACUGAGUCAGGUUUGUUGGCCUCCUUGCUCGCACACACUUUUUCAGUUCUGCCCACACAUUUUCUAUAAGAUUGAGGUCAGGGCUUUGUGAUGGCCACUCCAAUACCUUGACUUUGUUGUCCUUAAGCCAUUUUGUCACAACUUUGGAAGUAUGCUUGGGGUCAUUCGAUGAUGGUGUUCUUCGGCUUGCAAGCAUUCCCCUUUUUCCUCCAAACAUAUGGUGGUCAUUAUGGCCAAACAGUUCUAUUUUUGUUUAAUCAGACCAGAGGACAUUUCUCCAAAAAGUACGAUCUUUGUCCCCAUGUGCAGUUGCAAACCGUAGUCGGACUUUUUUAUGGCGGUUUUGGAGCAGUGGCUUCUUCCUUGCUGAGCGGCCUUUCAGGUUAUGUCGAUAUAGGACUCGUUUUACUGUGGAUAUAGAUACUCUUCACAAGGUCUUUUUGCUGUUGUUCUGGGAUUGAUUUGCACUUUUCUGCACCAAAGUACGUUCAUCUCUAGGAGACAGAACGCGUCUCCUUCCUGAGCGGUAUGAUGGCUGCAUGGUCCCUUGGUGUUUAUACUUGCGUACUAUUGUUUGUACAGAUGAACGUGGUACCUUCAGGCAUUUGGAAAUUGCUCCCAAGCAUGAACCAGACUUGUGGAGGUCUACAAUUUUUUUUCUGAGGUCUUGGCUGAUUUCUUUUGAUUUUCCCAUGAUGUCAAGCAAAGAGGCACUUAGUUUGAAGGUAGGCCUUGAAAUACAUCCACAUGUACACCUCCAAUUGACUAAAAUGAUGUCAAUUAGCCUAUCAGAAGCUUCUAAAGCCGUGACAUCAUUUUCUGGAAUUUUCCAAGCUGUUUAAAGGCACAGUCAACUUAGUGUAUGUAAACUUCUGACCCACUGCAAUUGUGAUACAGUGAAUUAUAAGUGAAAUAAUCUGUCUGUAAACAAUUGUUGGAAAAAUUACUUGUGUCAUGCACAAAGUAGAUGUCCUAACCGACUUGCCAAAACUAUAGUUUGUUAACAAGAAAUUUGUGGAGUGGUUGAAAAACAAGUUUUAAUGACUCCAACCUAAGUGUAUGUAAACUUCAGACUUCAACUGUAUCUACAGUACAAAAUCCAUGUGUGUGUAUGCAUGUGUCUGUGCCUAUGUUUGUGUUGCUUGACAGUCCCCGCUGUUCCAUAAGGUUUUUUUUCUUCUGUUUUUUAAAUCUAAUUUUACUCUGUGGAUCAGUUACUUGAUGUGGAAUAAAGUUCCAUGUAGUCAUGGCUCUAUGUGGUACUGUGCGGCUCCCAUAGUCUGUCCUGGACUUGGGGACUGUGAAGAGACAUCUUGUGGGGUAUGCAUGGGUGUCCGAGCUGUGCGCCAGUAGUUCAGACAGACAGCUCGGUGCAUUCAACAUGUCAAUACCUCUCAUAAAUACAAGUAGUGAUGAAGUCAAUCUCUCCUCCACUUUAAGCCAGGAGAGAUUGACAUGCAUAUUAUUAAUAUUAGCUCUCUGUGUACAUCCAACGGCCAGCCGUGCUGCCCUGUUCUGAGCCAAUUGCAAUUUUCCUAAGUCCUUUUUUGUGGCACCUGACCACACGACUGAACAAUAGUCCAGGUGUGACAAAACUAGGGCAUGUAGGACCUGCCCACUUUAUUAUGGACAGACUUCUGCCCAUCUUAGCUACUGUUGUAUCAAUAGGUUUUGACCAUGACAGUUUACAAUCCAGGGUUACUCCAAGCAGUUUAGUCAUCUCAACUUGCUCAAUUUCCACAUUAUUUAUUACAAGAUUUAGUUGAGGUUUAGGGUUUAGUGAAUUAUUUGUCCCGAAUACAAUGCUUUUAGUUUUAGAAAUAUUUAGGACUAACUUAUUCCUUGUCACCCGCUCUGAAACUAACUGCAACUCUUUAAGUGUUGCAGUCAUUUCAGUCGCUGUAGUAGCUGACAUGUAUAGUGUUGAGUAAUCCGCAUACAUAGACACUCUGGCUUUACUCAAAGCCGGUGGCAUGUCAUUAGUUAAGAUUGAAAAAAGUAAUGGGCCUAGAAAGCUGCCCUGGGGAAUUCCUGAUUCUACCUGGAUUAUGUUGGAGAAGCUCCCAUUAAAUAAUACCCUCUGUGUUCUGUUAGACAGGUAACUCUGUAUCCACAAUAUAGCAGGUGGAGUAAAGCCAUAACACAAGUUUUUCCAGCAGCAAACUAUGAUUGAAAAUGUCAAAAGCCGCACUGAAGUCUAACAAAACAGAACCCACAAUCUUUUUAUCAUCAAUUUCUCUCAGCCAAUCAUCAGUCAUUUGUGUAAGUGCUGUGCUCGUUGAAAGCAUGCUGAAAGUUUGUCAAUUUGUUGACUGUAAACUAGCAUUGUAUCUGGUCCCCCAAAAAAAAAUUCAACAGUUUGCUAAGGGUUGGUAACAGGCUAAUUGGUCGGCUAUUUGAGCCAGUAAAGGGGGCUUUACUAUUCUUAGGUAGCGGAAUGACUUUUGCUUCCCUCCAAGCCUCGGGGCACACACAUUCUAGUAGGCUUAAAUCGAAAAUAUGGCAAAUAGGAGUGGCAAUAUCGUCCGCUAUUAUCCUCAGUAAUUUUCCAUCCAACUUGUCAGACCCCGGUGGCUUGUCAUUGUUAAUAAUUUUUUCACCUCUUCCACACUCACUUUACGGAAUUCAAAAUUACAAUGUUUGUCUUUCAUAAUUUGGUCAGAUAUACUUGGAUGUGUAGUGCCAGCAAUUGCUGCUGGCAUGUCAUGCCUAAGUUUGCUAAUCUUGCCAAUGAAAAUGUUUUAAAGUAGUUGGCAAUAUCAGUUGGUUUUUUUGAUGAAUGAGCCAUCUGAUUCAAUGAAUGAUGGAGCUGAGUUUGCCUUUUUCCCCAACAUUUCAUUUAAGGUGCUCCAAAGCUUUUUACUAUCAUUCUUUGUCAUUUAUCUUUGUUUCAUAAUGUAGUUUCUUCUUCUUUUUAUUCAUUUUAGUCACAUGAUUUCUCAAUUUGGAAUACGUUUGCCAAUCGGUUGUGCAGCCAGACUUAUUUGCCAUUCCUUUUGCCUCAUCCCUCUUAACCAUAAAAUUUUUCAAUUCCUCACCAAUCCAUGGUGGAGUUUUUACAGUCAUUUUCUUAAGAAUAAGCACUUUCAUAAAUGUGUCAAGUGCAGUGUCUGUUUGCUCCUCAUUACACACCACGGACCAACAUAUAUUCUUUACAUCAACAACAUAGGAAUCACUACAAAACGUAUUAUAUGACCUCUUAUACACAAUAUUAGGCCCAGCCUUUGGAGAUAUGGCUACUAUAUUGUGAUCACUACAUCCAAUGGAUUUGGAUACUGCUUUCAAACAAAUCUCUGCAGCAUUAGUAAAGAUAUGAUCAAUACAUGUUGAUGAUUUAAUUUCUGUGCUGUUUGUAACUACCUUGGUAGGUUGACUGAUAACCUGAACCAGGUUGCAGGCACUGGUUACAGUUUGAAGCUUUCUCUUGAUUGGGCAGCCUGAUGAAAGCCAGUCAAUAUUUAAAUCACCCAGAAAGUAUACCUCUCUAUUGAUAUCACAUACAUUAUCAAGCAUUUCACACAUGUUAUCCAGAUACUGUCUGUUAGCACUUGGUGGUCUAUAGCAGCUUCCCACCAGAAUGGGCUUUAGGUGAGGCAGAUGAACCUGUAGCCAUAUUACUUCAACAGUAUUUAACAUGAGAUCCUCUCUAAUCUUCACAUGAAUGUGGUUCUGAAUAUAAACAGCAACACCUCCACCAUUGGCAUUUCUAUAUUUUCUGUAACUGUUAUAACCUUGUAUUGCUACCACUAUCAUCACAUGUAUUAUCUAAGUGAGUUUCAGAAUAUGAAUGUCAUCUGUUACUAGCAAAUUAUUGAUUUAAUGAGCCUUGUUUCUUAAGCUACAUAUGUUAAUGUAGGCUAUUUUGAGCACUUUUAUUCUGGGAUGCGUACUUGUUUUUAUUGCUUUACUAGGAAGCUUAGCAGCAGCAGAUGUGCUCAUGUUCUUUAUGUUAGUGCACGGUGAGCUGCACACCGUGGACUUCUUCCUAGGGUACACUGGCUCAGUGCUAACAGUAUAAAUCUGGUUCUUUGGCACAUGAGAUUUAUACUGAUUUAUACUUCAGAGGCAUUCAGGGCAGUUAGAGGGACAUAAAUUAGGUUACUUAUAUUGGGUUCAACAGCUGUGCUGCAAAUGUCUCCCUGCUGUUGCUGAACUCUCGUAGCUCUGUAGCCUUGUUUACUUGUAGUAGGCUUGUGACAGCGGCCCUGUAAUGGUUUACUACUGCUGUGUCUCCCACCAGGCCACUAUGACUACAAUUAUGGCUACAAGGCCUACAACGGGAAGGACGGCGCCUACGGACAGAAGUUUGGCGCUCCAGUGACCUACUACUACGACAACAUGAGCAGCAAUGACCUGUACUCAGUUGACCAGGACCUGCUUAAGGACUACGUCAAAAGGCAGAUGUGAGUACUACCUACCGUUGGUUACUUUGCUUUAAAUGUACUUCCAUUGGUUACUACGCUUUAUAGGUCAAAGUUUCAAGAGGAAGCAGAUGUCACUGAUAUUUUGUUCAGCCUUGGAAUAGUGUAAUAUAAUAUAUAGAAGCCAUUUAGCAGACACUUUUAUCCAAACCGACUUAAUCAUGCAUGCAUUCAUUUUCAUAUGGGUGGCCCCAGAAUAUAACAUGGAAUCGGAAUCAAGGUGUAAAUACAUAGGCCUAUACUAUUUCCAUGAUGAAAUUCCAUCGCCAAUACAACUGGUUACAAUUGAAAUGCCAUUCAUCUCCAACUCAAACGAAACUGAGAACUUAGGCAAAUAUUUAGUCUGAACACUUUUCCCACAUAUCAUUGUACUCCCUGACAAAGGCUUUGUUGAAAGUUUUUUAAGUUUUUUUCUUCUAUUGAACAUGCCUUCAUAAUAAAGGCAUUUUAAUCAUAGGAAGAGUACCUUGAUCCUCCUUGUUUUUGGACUUUCCGCAUCUCUCCGUAGUGAGUACUACUUCAGCCUUGACAACCUGGAGCGGGACUUCUUCCUGCGCAGGAAGAUGGACCAGGAGGGCUUCCUGUCCCUUGGCCUGAUCGCCAGCUUCCACAGGGUGCAGGCCCUCACCACUGACGUCAACCUCAUCGUAGAGGUACACUAUGUUCCUGAUUUACAUGUUUAUAUAGCCAGAUGGCUUUAGUCUCAGAACUAAAAUAAGUUUCUAUGCCUCAUCAGCUGUAUAAUUUGUAUGUAAUUCAAGGCUUUUCAUUGAGCUUUGACUUGUAAAAAACAGUUUCUGCAGACCAUACUUCAUAGGACUGAUCUCUCUUGAAAAAUAGAAACAUCGAUGUUAAAUAUCUAUCUACACACCCCUUAAAAUGUGUGGAUAUGGCUAUUUGAGCCACACCCGUUGCUGACAUGUGUAUGAAAUCGAGCACACAGACAUGCAAUCUCCAUAGACAAACAUUGGCAGUAGAAUGGCCUUACUGAAGAAAUUAAAUGGGUUUCCAUGGCUGAGCAGCCGCACACAAACCUAAGAUCACCAUGCGCAAUGCCAAGUGUCGGCUGGAGUGGUGUAAAGCUUGCCGCCAUUGGACUCAGGAGCAGUGGAAACGCGUUCUCUGGAAUGGUGAAUCACGCUUCACAAUCUGGUAGUCCAACAGACAAAUCUGAGUUUGGCAGAUGCCAGGAGAACGCUACCUGCCCCAAUGCAUAGUGCCAACUGUAAAGUUUGGUGGAGGAGAAAUAAUAAUCGUCUGGGGCUGUUUUUCAUGGUUCGGGCCAGGCCCCUUAGUUCCAAAGAAGGGAAAUCUUAAUGCUACAGCAUACAAUGACAUUCUAGACGAUUCUGUGCUUCCAACUUGUGGCAACAGCUUGAGGAAGCCCAUUUCCUGUUUCAGCAUGACAAUAUACCCGUGCACAAAGCGAGGUCCAUACAGAAAUGUUUUUUUGAGAUCGGUGUAGAAGAACUUGACUGGCCUGCGCAGAGCCCUGACCUCAACCCCAUCGAACAACUUUGUGAUGAAUUGGAACGCCGACUACGAGCCAGGCCUAAUCGCCCAACAUCAGUGCCUGACCUCACAUGCUCUUGUGGCUGAAUGGAAACAAGUCCCUGCAGCAAUGUUCCAACAUCUAGUGGAAAGCCUUCCCAGAAGAGUGGAGACUGUUAUAGCAGCAAAGGGGGAACCAACUCCAUAUUAAUGCCUAUGAUUUUAGAAUGAGAUGUUCGACGAGCAGGUGUCCACAUACAUUUGGUCAUGUAUUUUGUGUAUAUAUAUAUAUAUAUAUAUAUAUAUCACUACCGGUCAGAAGUUUUAGAACACCUACUCAUUCAAGGGUUUUUCUUUGUUUUUUCUACAUUGUAGAAUAAUACUGAAGACAUCAAAACUAUGAAAUAACACAUAUGGAAUCAUGUAGUAACCAAAACAUUUUGUUAAACAAAUCAAAAUAUAUUUGAGAUUUCAGAUUCUUCAAAUAGCCACCAUUUGCCUUGAUGAUAGCUUUGCAGACUCUUGGCAUUCUCUCAACCAGCUUCACUUGGAAUGCUUUUCCAACAGUCUUGAAGAAGUUACCACAUAUUCUGAGCACUUGUUGGCUGCUUUUCCUUCACUCUGCGGUCCGACUUGAUUUGGUUGAGGUUGGGUGUUUUUGGAGGCCAGGUCAUCUGAUGCAGCACUCCAUCACUCUCCUUCUUGGUAAAAUAGCCCUUACACAGCCUGGAGGUGUUUUGGGUCAUUGUCCUGUUGAAAAACAAAUUAUAGUCCCACUAAGCCCAAACCAGAUGGGAUGGCGUAUCGCUGCAGAAUGCUGUGGCAGCCAUGCUGGUUAAGUGUCAUCACAGACAGUGUCACCAGCAAAGCACCCCCACACCAUAACACCUCCUCCUCCAUGCUUUACGGUGGGAAAUACACAUGUGGAGAUCAUCCGAUCAUCCACACCGCUUCUCACAAAGACACAGCGGUUGGAACCAAAGAUCUCAAAUUUGGACUCCAGACCAAAGGACACAUUUCCACCGGUCUAAUGUCCAUUGCUCGUGUUUCUUCGCCCAAGCAAGUCUCUAUUUCUUAUUGGUGUCCUUUAGUAGUGGUUUCUUUGCAGCAAUUCGACCAUGAAGGCCUGAUUCACACAGUCUCCUCUGAACAGUUGAUGUUGAGAUGUGUCUGUUACUUGAACUCUGUGGAGCAUUUAUUUGGGCUGCAAUUUCUGAGGCUGGUAACUCUAAUGAACUUAUCCUCUGCAGCAGAGCUAACUCUGGGUCUUCCAUUCCUUUGGCGGUCCUCAUGAGAGCCAGUUUCAUCAUAGUGCUUGAUGGGUUUUACGACUGCACUUGAAGAAACAUUCAAAGUUCUUGACAUUUUCCUUAUUGACUGAACUUCAUGUCUUAAAGUUAUGAUGGACUGUCGUUUCUCUUUGCUUAUUUGAGCUGUUCUUGCCAUAAUAUGGACUUGGUAUUUUACCAAAUAGGGCUAUAUUCUGUAUACCACCCCUACCUUGUCACAACACAACUGAUUGGCUCAAAUGCAUUAAGAAGGAAAGAAAUUCCACAAAUUAACUUUUAACAAGGCACACCUGUUAAUUGAAAUGCAUUUCAGGUGACUGCCUCAUGAAACUGGUUGACAGAAUGCCAAGAGUGUGAAAAGCUGUCAUCAAGGGAAAGGGUGGCUACUUUGAAGAAUCUCAAAUAUAAAAUAUGUUUUGAUUUGUUUAACACUGUUUUGGUUACUACAUGAUUCCAAAUGUGUUAUUUCAUAGUUUUGAUGUCUUCACUAUUAUUCUACAAUGUAGAAAAUAGUAAAAAUAAAGAAAAACCGUUGAAUGAGUAGGUAUUCUAAAACGUUUGACCAGGUGUGUGUGUGUGUGUGUGUGUGUGUGUGUGUGUGUGUGUGUGUGUGUGUGUGUGUGUGUGUGUGUGUAUAUAUACAUUACAGUUCAAAAGUUUGGGGUUACUUAGAAAUGUCCUUGUUUUUGAAAGAAAAGCCAUUUUUCUGUCCAUUAAAAUAACAUAACAUUGAUCAGAAAUACAGUGUAGACAGCUGGAAACGUCUGAUUUUUAAUGGGAUAUCUACAUAGGCGUACAGAGGCCCAUUAUCAGCAACCAUCAGUCCGGUGUUCCAAUGGCACGUUGUGUUUGCAAAUCCAAGUUUAUAAUUUUAAAAGGCUAAUUGAUCAUUAGAAAACCCUUUUGCAAUAAUGUUAGCACAGCUGAAAACUGUUGUGCUGAUUUAAAGAAGCAAUAAAACUGGCCUUCUUGAGACUGGUUGAGUAUCUGGAGCAUCAGCAAUUGUGGGUUUGAUUACAGGCUCAAAAUGGCCAGAAACAAAUAACUUUCUUCUGAAACUCGUCAGUCUAUUCUUGUUCUGAGAAAUGAAGGCUAUUCCAUGCGAGAAAUUGCCAAGAAACUGAAGAUCUCGUACAACGCUGUGUACUACUCCCUUCACAGAAUAGCGCAAACUGGCUCUAACCAGAAUAGAAAGAGGAGUGGGAGGCCCCGGUGCACAACUGAGCAAGAGGACAAAUACAUUAGUGUCUAGUUUGAGAAAGAGGCGCCUCACAGGUCCUCGACUGGCAGCUUCAUUAAAUAGUACCCGCAAAACACCAGUCUCAACGUCAACAGUGAAGAGGCGACUCCGAGAUGCUGACCUUCUAGGCAGAGUUGCAAAGAAAAAGCCAUAUCUCAGACUGGCCAAUAAAAAGAAACGAUUAAGAUGGUUAGUCUGAGAUAUACACAGUACCAGUCAAAGGUUUGGACACACCUACUCAUUUUUCUUUAUUUUUACUAUUUUCUACAUUGUAGAAUAAUAGUGAAGACAUCAAAACUAUGAAAUAACACAUAUGGAAUCAUGUAAUAUCCAAAGAAGUGUUAAACAAUAUUUGAGAUUCUUCAAACAGCCACCCUUUGCCACACUCGGCAUAUCCCUCAACCAGCUUCAUGAGGUAGUCACCUUGAAUGCAUUUCAAUUAACAGGUGUGCCUUCUUAAAAGUUGUGGAAUUUAUUUCCUCCUUAAUGUGUUUGAGCCAAUCAGUUGUGUUGUGACAUGGUGGGGGGGAAUGCCAAUAGUGUGCAAAGCUGUCACGAAAAUAUAUUUUGAUUUGUUUAACACUUUAUUGGUUACUACAUGAUUCCAUACGUGUUAUUUCAUAGUUUGGAUGUCUUCACUAUUAUUCUACAUUGUAGAAAAUAGUAAAAAUAAAGAAAAACCCUUGAAUGAGUAGGUGUGUCCAAACCUUUGACUGGUAAUGUAGGUUUUAACGACCUCCGCUUUAGGCGAUCUGAGAAACUUAGGGAGGACUAUACCAAAUGUUUUGGAGAGAGAGAAUAAUUUUCUCUGUCCCCCUCCCGUGCUAUUGAAGGGGUUUGGAACGUUUCAGCCGACUCGUUGACCUGAACGAGUAUCUGAUGAAACUUUGCAACGACAGGAAUGUCUCCUUUUGUGACAACUUUGAUUUGCUGUGGGAGCAAAAAGCACUUUUUAAAAGAGACUGGAUUCACCCCAACCACCGGGGUUCCAGGAUUAUUUCCAGCAACAUUGUGAACUGUUUUAGAGACUGAUGGACAGGGUCUGGUAGUUCUCCAGUCCUCGCUAUCAGAAUAAGCAACAGGGGACUUGGUAAGCAUAUCAACUCCUAUAGGAAUGGCACUAUGGUUAUUGUGAGUAACCUAGUUGAUGUUUCGCUGUCUGCGCCUUCUAGUGAGUUUAUACAAACCGUCAUCUCCUACCAUUCUGAUAGAUUGGAGUCUGUCAGAAAACCUUGUUUUAACAUUAAAAAUGUGGUUGUUAUUCCAUUGGUUACCUCGAGGCUGGUGCCCCAGGGGCAGUGUGGCCCACACUCAUUGAAUAUGGCGCUUUUAAAUGUUAGGUUUUACUAGUGAUGGCUCUUUCUCGUGAAUGACUUAAUUUCUGAGCGCAAAGUAGAUUGCAUGUUUCUCACUGAAACAUGACUGUUUUCAGAUUAUAUUGGCGCUCUUAUUAAAGCCUCCUUUACUACAGCUUUUCAUACUCUAUCAGAAAAGGGAAAAGGGUGGGGGGACACCCUUUAUUUUUACUAGUGCUCUCAACUGUAAGGACAAUUCGUUUGGCGACUUGAGGUCUUUUGAGCAUCAUGCUAUACUGUUUAAAUGUCAGCCACCAGUGCUGGCUAUAACCCUUUAUAGGCCACCAAAGCACUGCCCCACUUUCUUUCCUGAUUUCUCUGAACUAUUGUCUAUUGAGUGUCCUUGAGAACCAUGAUACAAUCAUUGUGUUGGCUGAUUUUAAUAUUCAUGAUGACAGACUGACUCCAAGGCCAUUGCAUUUAUGAGUCUUUUGAGCUAUAUGGACUUUAUCCAACAUGUUACUGGGCCCACCCAUAAAAGUGGCCAUACUCUGGACCUGGUUGUUACCAAUGGGCUUUCUAUUGACAUAUCCUCUAUUGAGGAUGUUGCUUUAUUUAAAUGUGCUGACUUUGCGGCAGAUAACAAACAAUAGGCUGGCUAUCAGUUAAGCAAGACCUGAUGAGAAGUUUAUGUGCCCUAGCCUACCACGCAAAGGCAUAUGGAUUUAUAUUUUCCCUGGUUGACACAGACAUUCUCAGGAAAGUGAUAUCACAACUUAAGCCUUCUACUUGCCUUCUCGAUCCUAUCUCCACCACUUUCUUCAAAACAGUUCUUAAUUGCAUAUCUGAAGAAAUGCAAGCUAUUGUUAAUCCCUCCCUCUUCACAGGCACUUUCCCCACUGCACUAAAAAUUGCUAUGGUCAAACCUAAAGAAAAGCAAUCUAGAUUCUUCAGCUCUUAGCAAUAUCCGCCCAAUCUCCAGCCUUAGUUAAAGUGGUAAAUGAUCUUAGAGCCAACACAGAUGCCAAACAGCUCUCUGUCCUUGUACUCUUGGAUUUAAGUGCUGCAUUCGACACUGUUGACCCAUGAUGUCCUUCUGGUCAGACUGGAGAGGUGGGUUGGCCUCUCCAGUCCAGUUGUGAAUUUGUUUAGGACCUAUUUAACCGGUCGAGAGUUUCGUCACCGUUUGUGGACAUAACUCAGUGAAAAUUGAUAUCACGUGGCGUUCCACAAGGUUCGAUUUUGGGUCUGUUACUGUUCAGUUUAUAUCUGUUACCCCUUGGCAGCGUUAUCAGAAAGCACAGCAUUAAUUGUCACUGCUACACAGGCGAAACACAACUUUACAUUUCUGUGUCACCAGAGGAUUUUAGCUCCACAAAUAAAUUGUUAGACUGUAUUGGUGAUUUAAAUACUUUGAUGGCUCACAACUUCCUCCAGCUAAAUCAAGACAAGACUGAGGUACUUAUUAUUGGAGCCAAAGCACAGAGAGAGAAUCUGGCCUCACACUGGCAAUAAAGAUAGAACACCAAGUAAAAAACCUAGGUGUAAUUUUAGAUUCUGAACUCAAUUUUGAAUCACACAUUAGGAAUGUAACCAAAAUAGUUAUUUACCACCUGAGGAACAUUGCCAAGGUGCAGCCAUUUCUCUCUCAGACUGAUACAGAGAGACUCAUCCAUGCUUUUAUUACAAGCAGGCUUGACUACUGUAAUCCUCUCCUGUCUGGUCUACCCAAGAAAGCUUUUGAUCAACUGCAAAACAUACAGAAUGCUGCAGCACGGGUACUGACCAAGACCAGACGGAGAGCACACAUUCCACCAGUUUUAAGGUCUCUGCACUGGCUGCCUGUAAUUGUUAUAAUUAAUUUAAAAAUUAUUUUAUAAUCGUUUUAAUCAAUCCACAAUUGUGCACCCCAAUACAUAAUAUAAUAUCAGACAUGCUUUUUAGCUAUGUACCCAGUAGGUCCCUCAAGUCCUCUGGCACUGGCCUUUUCCCAAAGCCUAGGGCCAAGAGGCAUGGAGAGGCAGCCUUUAGUUACUAUGCCACCAGCCUGUGGAAUAGCCUGCCAGAGAACCUGAGGGGGGAUGAAACUCUGGACAUAUUUAAAAGGGAUCUUAAAACACACCUUUUUAGCUUUACUUUUCCUUUUUAGUCUUUGUUUUUAUUGUUAUUAUAUAUAUAUUUUUUCCCUCUGUUAAAUAUUUCCGUUUUUUUAAUUUGAAUUUUUAUUAGUUUUUUUUCCUGUGAAGCACAUUGUGUUGCAUCCAUGUCUCAGUGCCUUCGGAAAGUAUUCAGACCUGUUGACUUUUUCCACAUGUUGUUACGUUACAGCCUUAUUCUAAAAUGGAUUAAAUAAAAAAUUUCCCUCAGCAAUCUACACACAAUACCCCAUAAUGACAAAGCGAAAACAGUUUUUUAGAAAUGUUUGCAAAUGUAUAAAAAAUUAUAAACAGAAAUCCCUUAUGUACAUAAGUAUUCAGACCCUUUGCUAUGAGACUUGAAAUUGAGCUCAGGUGCAUCCUGUUUCCAUUAAUCAUCCUUGAGAUGUUUCUCAACUUGAUUGGAGUCCACCUGUGGUAAAUUCAAUUGAUUUGACAUGAUUUGGAAAGGCACACACCUGUCUACAUAAGGUCCCACAGUUGACAGUGCAUCUCAGAGCAAAAACCAAGCCAUGAGGUCAAAGGAAUUGUCUGUAGAGCUCCGAGACAGGAUUGUGUCGAGGCACAGAUCUGGGGAAGGGUACCAAAACAUUUCUGCACCAUUGAAGGUCCCCAAGAACACAGUGGCCUCCAUAAUUCUUAAAUGGAAGAAGUUUGGAACCACCAAGGCUCUUCCUAGAGCUGGCUUCCCUUAUUUUUGCUUUGUCGUUAUGGGGUGUUGUGUGUAGAUUGAGGACAAAAAACAAUUUAAUACAUUUUUGAAUAAGGCUGUAACGUAACAAAAUGUGAAAAAAGUCAAGGGGUCUGAAUACUUUCCGAAGGCACUGUAAACAAAGCUUGAUUUGAUGAUGGGAUGUUAAUUGCUUAAUUAACUCUGGAACAACACCUGUGUGGAACCACCUGCUUUCAAUAUACUAUAUAUCCCUCAUUUACUCAAGUUUAUCUUGAUUUUGGCAGUUGCUUGUAGAUGCAUACUAUUUAAUUGUGUUUCAUACCCUCAACACUUUUAAAAAUCUACCCGUAGUCUUUGAAGGACAGCAAAGAGGUGGAAAUCAUUGACACGAAGAUCCGUCGGAAGGUGGAGCCGGAGAAGUGGCCUCUUCCUGGCCUGUCCAUGGGACCGGACCACAACCAGGUGGACCUGACCCAGCUCAUCCACUGCCCCGAGUUCGUGCCCCGGCAGAUGCCAACUGAGCAGACCGGUAUAGUACCUAUACGCCUUAGCCAGCCACACACUAUACAACUGAUUGGGACUUAGCUAUGCAUAUUCACUAUCAAAACGGGUGGCUAUACAUUCAACCAUCUAUUUCACCUCUCACUAUCAAAACAGGUACAGUGUCGUGAAAAGUGUUUGCCCCCUUUCUGAUUUUCUCUAUUUUUGCAUAUUUCUGACACUGAAUGUUAUCAGAUCUUCAACCAGAACCUAAUAUUAAAUAAAGGGAACCCGAGUGAGCAAAUAACACAAAAUGUUGAUACUUAUUUCAUUUAUUUAUAGUGCCUUUAGAAAGCAUUCAUACCCCUUGAGUUAUUCCACAUUUUGUUGUUACAGCUUGAAUUCUAAAAUGAUUAAAUACAUUUUCUUUCUCACCCAUCUAAACACAAUACACCAUAAUGACAAAGUGAAAACAUUGUUUUUAGAAAUGUUUGCAAGUUUAUUGUAAAUGAAAUACAGAAAUAUCUCAUUCACAUGUAUUAACAUCCCUGAGUCAAUACAUGUUAGACUCACCUUUGGCAGUGAUUACAGCUGUGAGUCUUUCUGGGUAAGUCUCUAAGAGCUUUGCUAACCUGGACUGUACAAUAUUUGCACAUGUAUUAUUUUUAAAGUUCUUCAAGACAUUUUCAAGUCUUACCAUAGAUUUAAAAGUUGAUUUAAGUCAAAACUGUAACUCGAUAAGCAACUCCAGUGUAUAUUUGGCCUUCUGUUUUAGGUUAUUGUCCUGCUGAAAGGUGACAUUUGUCUCCCAGUGUCUGUUGGAAAGCAGACUAAACCAGGUUUUCCUCUAGGAUUUUGCCUGUGCUUAGCUCUAUUGCUUUUAUUUCCCCCCCCAAAAAAACUCCCCAGUCAUUUCCAAUGGCAAGCAUACCCAUAACAUGAUGCAGGCACAACCAUGCUUGAAAAUAUGAAGAGUGGUACUGAAGAGUGGAUUUGCCCAAACAUAACACUUUGUAUUCAGGGCAUAAAGUUUAUUUAUUUGCCACAUUUAUUGCAGUUCUACUUAAGUGCCUUAUUACAAACAGGAUGCAUGUUUUGGAAUAUUUUUUUUCUGUACAGUCUUCCUUCUUUUCACUCUGUCAUUUAGGUUAGUAUUGUGGAGUAACUACAAUGUUGCUGAUCCAUCCUUAGUUUUCUCCUAUCACAGCCAUUAAACUCUGUAACUGUUUUAAAGUCACCAAUGACCUCAUGGUGAAAUCCCUGAGCGCUUUCCUUCCUCUCCGGCAAAUGAGUUAGGAAGGAUGCCUGUAUCUUUGUAGUGACUUGGUGUAUUGAUACACCAUUUAAAGUGUAAUUAAUAACUUCACCAUGCUCAAAGGGAUAUUCAAUGUCUGCUUUUUUUAUUUGUACCCAUCUACCAAUAGGUGCACUUAUUUGCGAGGCGUUUGAAAUCUCCCUGGUCUUUGUGGUUGAAUCUGUGUUUGAAAUUCACUGCUCGACUAAGGGACCUUACAGAUAAUUGUAUGUGUGGGGUACAGAGAUGAGGUAGUCAUUCAAAAAUCAUGUUAAAACAAUAUUAUUGCACACAGAGUCCAUGCAACUUAUGUGACUUGUUAAGCAAAUAUUUACUCCUGAACUUAUUCAGGCUUGACAUAAGAAAGGGGUUGAAUACUUAUUGACUCAAGACAUUUCAGCUUUUCAUUUUUCAUUAAUUUGUAAAAAAGUAAACAAAAAAUAAACGGAAUUCCACUUUCACAUUAUGGGGUAUUGUGUGUAGGCCAGUGACACAAAAUAUACAUUUUAUCAAUUUUACAUUCAGGCUGGAACACAACAAAAUGUGGAAAAAGAAAGUGAAUACUUUCUGAAGGCACUGUAAUUAACAAAGUUAUGCAACACCCAAUGCCCCUGUGUGAAAAAGUAAUUACCCCCUUACACUCAAUAACUGGUUGUGCCACCUUUAGCUGCAAUGACUGCAACCAAAUGCUUCCUGUAAUUGAUGAUCAGUCUCUUAACAUCCCACUCUUCCAUGCAGAACUGUUUUAACUCAGCAACAUUUGUGGGUUUUUGAGCAUGAACUGCUCGUUUCAGGUUCUGCCACAACAUCUCAAUCGAGUUUAGGUCUAGACUUUGACAUUGCAGAACUUUACAUUUGUUGGUUUUCAGCCAUUCACAUGUAGACUUGCUUGUGUGUUUUGGAUCAUUGUCUUGCUGCAUGACCCAGCUGUGCUUCAGCUCACGUACGAAUUACCUGACAUUCUCUGUUAAAUCUCUCUGAUACAGAACACAAUUAAUGGUUCCUUCAAUUAUGGCAAGUCGCCCAGGUCCUGAGGCAGCAAAGCAUCCCCAGUCCAUCACACUACCACCACCAAGCUUGACCAUUGGUAUGAGGUUCUUACUGUGGAAUGCAGUGUUUGGUUUUUGCCAGACAUAAUGGGACAUAAAGUUGUAUUAAGUUUGCCAAAAAGCACAUGGAUGAUCGACAAGACUCCUGGAAGAAUGUUCUAUGGACAGAUUAGUCCAAAUUUGAACUUUUUGGACGGUCAGGAGACUGAAAAGAUUAGGUAUGGACUCUCUCAGAUCCUCAAAGUUCUUCACCAUUGAGAGCGUCUUGACUGGCUGCAUCACCGCUUGGUACGGCAACUGCAAGGCACCCGACAACAAGGCGCUUACAGAGGGUGGUGAGUAUGUUCCAGUACAUCACUGGGGCCCAGCUUCCUGCCAUCCAGGACAUCUAUACCAGGAGGUGUCUGAGGAAGGCCCCAAAAAUUGUCGAAGACACCAGCCACCUUAGUCAUAGACUGUUCUCUCUGCUACCGCACGGCAAGCGGUACCAGUGCACCAAGUCUGGAACUAACAGGACCCUGAACAGCUUCUACUCUCAAGCUGUAAGACUGCCUUAACAAGGCUGAUAAAUAGCUAAUCAAAUUGAUACCCGGACUACCUGCAUCACCCUUUCUUGAACUAACUCUCUCUUGCACUGACUCUAUCCACAUUCACUGGACUCUACCCACACACAUAUACUUACACUGACACCCCAACACACACACACACUAUAUAUAUAUAUAUACAAAAGUAUGUGGACACCCCUUCAAAUUAGUGUAUUCUGCAUUUCAGCCACACCUGUUGCUGACAGGUGUAUAAAAUCGAAGACACAGCCAUGCAAUCUCCAUAGACAAACAUUGGCUGUAGAAUGGCCUCUCUGAAGACCUCAGUGACUUUCAAGGUGGCACUGUCAUAGGAUGCCACCUUUCCAACAAGUCAGUUUGAGAAAAUGUCUGCCUUGCUAGAGCUGCCAAGAUCAACUGUAAGUGCUGUUAUUGUGAAGUGGAAACAUCUAGGAGCAACAACGGAGCGCCUGGAAGUGGUAGGCCACACAAGCUCACAGAAUGGGACCGCCGAGUGCUGAAGUGCGUAGUGCUGUUGCAGCUGUCCUCUGCUGCAACACUCACUACCGAGUUCCAAACUGCCUCUGGAAGCAACGUCAGCACAAUAACUGUUCAUCGGAAGCUUCAUGAAAUGGGUUUCCAUGGCCGAGCAGCCGCACACAAGCCUAAGAUCACCAUGCGCAAUGCCAAGUGUCGGCUGGAGUGGUGUAAAGCUUGCCGCCAUUGGACUCUGGAGCAGUGGAAACGCGUUCUCUGGAGUGGUGAAUCACGCUUCACCAUCUGGCAGUCUGACGAACAAAUCUUGGUUUGGCGGAUGCCAGGAGAACGCUACCUGCCUGAAUGCAUAGUGCCAACUGUAAAGUUUGGUGGAGGAGUAAUGGGUCUGGGGCUGUUUUUCAUGGUUUCGGCUAGGCCCCUUAGUUCCAGUGAAGGGAAAUCUUAACGAUAUAGCAUACAGUGUGUUCGGAAAGUAUUCAGACCCCUUGACUUUUUCCAAAUUGUUACGUUACAGCCUUAUUCUAAAAUUGAUGAGAAAAAUAUAUAUUUUAAUCACACAAUACACCAUAAUGACAAAGCUAAAACCGUUUUUUUGUAGAAGGUUUUGCAAAUGUAUUAAAAAUACAAAACGGAUACUUGAUUUACGUAAGUAUUCAGACCCUUUGCUAUGAGACUCGAAAUUGAGCUCAGGUGCAUCCUAUUUCCAUUGAUCGUCCUUGAGAUGUUUCUACAACAUGAUUGGAGUCCACCUGUGGUAAAUUCAAUUGAUUGGACAUGAUUUGGAAAGGCACACACCUGUCUAUAUAAGGGCCCACAAUUGACAAGAGCAAAAACCAAGCCAUGAGGUCAAAGGAAUUGUCCGUAGAGCUCCGAGACAGGAUUGUGGUGAGGCACAGAUCUGGGGAAGGGUAUCAAGAAUUGUCUGCAGCAUUGAAGGUCCCCAAGACCAGUGGCCUCCAUCAUUCUUAAAUGGAAGCAGUUUGGAAACACCAAGACUCUUCUUAGAGCUGGCCGCCCGGCCUAACUGAGCAAUCGGGGAAGAGUGGCCUUGGUCAGGGAGGUGACCAAGAACCUGAUGGUCACUCUGACAGCUCCAGAGUUCCUCUGUAGAGAUGGGAGAACCUUCCAGAAGGACAACCAUCUCUGCAGCACUCCACCAAUCAGGCCUUUAUGGGAGAGUGGCCAGACGGAAGCCACUCCUCAGUAAAAGGCCAUGACAGCCCAGCACCUAAAGGACUCUCAGACCAUGAGAAACAAGAUUCUCUGGUCUGAUGAAACCAAGAUUGAACUCUUUGGCCUGAAUGCCAAGCGUCACGUCUGGAGGAAACCUGGCACCAUCCCUACGGUGAAGCAUGGUAGUGGCAGCAUCAUUCUGUUGGGAUGUUUUUCAGCGGCAGGGACUAGGAGACUAGUUGGGAUUGAGGGAAAGAUGAACAGAGGAGAGUACAGAGAGAUCCUUGAUGGAAAUGCUCCAGAGCCUCAGGACCUCAGACUGGGGUGACGGUUCACCUUCCAACAGGACAACAACCCUAAGCACACAGCCAAGACAACGUAGGAGUGGCUUCGGGACAAGUCUCUGAAUGUCCUUGAGUGGCCCAGCCAGAGCCUGGACUUGAACCAGAUUUAAACAUCUCUGGAUAGACCUGAAAAUAGCUGUGCAGCGAUGCUCCCCAUCCAACCUGACAGAGCUUGAGACAAAUACAGGUGUGCCAAGCUUGUAGCGUCAUACCCAAGAAGACUAAUGUAAUCGCUGCCAAAGGUGCUUCAACAAAGUACUGAGUAAAGGGUCUGAAUACUUAUGUAAAUGUCAUAUUUCAGUUUUUUUAUUUGUUAUACAUUUGCAAGAAAAUCUACACCUGUUUUUACUUUGUCAUUAUGGGGUGUUGUGUGUAGAUUGAUGAGGGGAAAACAUUAUUUAAUUAAUUUUAGAAAAAGGCUGUAACGUAACAAAAUGUGGAAAAAGUGAAUGGGUCAGAAUACUUUCCGAAGGCACUGUAGCUACCUCAAAUCAAAUUUUAUUGGUCACAUACACAUAUUUAGCUAAAGUUAUUGCGGGUGUAGCGAAAUGCUUACCUCGUACCCCUGCACAUCGCUUUGUUACUGUAUAUAGCCAUGUUAUUGUUAUUCGUUAUUCAAUGAAUAAGGCUUGAUUUCAAUGGUAGAAAAAUCCCUGGUUUGGUUGCAGUCAUUGCAGCUAAAGGUGGCACAACCAGUUGAGUGUAAGGGGGCAAUUACUUUUUCACACAGGGGCAUUGGGUGUUGCAUAACUUUGUUUAUGAAAGAAAUGAUAGCAGUAUCAAUCAGAGUAGGCUAGUGGGAGGAGCUAUAUAAAUGGAAUGGUACCUAACACAUGGAAACAGUGUGUUUGACUCUGUUCCAUUGAUUCCAUUCCAUCCAUUACAUUGAGUCCAUCCUCCUAUAGCUCCUCCCACCAGCGUCCACUGCUAUCAACAUGUUGUGUUAUUCGUUCACUCAGUCACUCUCUACGUGCUAGUUUCUCACUAUCCACUUUCAGCAUCACAACACUCAGGUGAAGGCUAAAUGCCUCCAUACGUUGGCUCAGUUGGAGCAGAGCCCAGACACCUGUGUUCCCUAAGGACAGCGGUAUACAGUAUAAUACCGUGAGAUGUAAAACCGUUGGAUAAAAGGGCUUAUUUCUUACUGCUCCUCUGUGAGGACACUGAUUCAGUCAAGUGCUCUCCUGCUGUGUGUCUAAUAGACAAUGAUUAGAAAACACUGAUUCAUUAAUCAGGUAGGACUGGUAGGUAGGUCAUGGGUAUGAGAGGUAGCAGUGUCUGCGUCCCAAGCAGCACACUAUAAAUGGAAUAGGGUGCUAACUAAGUCCAUCAGGUAGUUCAAGGGGAUUGAAAGGUAGCUGAAAUAGAGUGAGCUUACUCUCACUAGUCCACUCUGUAGGCUUGUCUAGUCUAGUGUUCACCUAUAGUCAAUCUAAUCGACAGAGUCUGCUCCAGGGUCUCCCCGGUCCUCCACGCCCACCGGGGGAAUGACCAGGGCCUCCAUGCAGCCCAAGAUGGAGCAGGACGUGUCCAACCUGAAGAGUAUGCCGAAGGGACUGUCGGCCAGCCUGCCCGACCUGGACUAUGAGUCCUGGAUCGAGGUGAAGAAGAGACCCAGGCCCUCCCCGGCCAGACCCAAGGUGAGUGGAGCUGAAUAGAUCUGACCUGAUUGUCUAUUGGCCUUCCUCUACCGUUAUCCAGUCACUCUGUGGCCAGUUGAGUUGUCUGGCAUUGAAAGAGUAUACAGCAUAAUGGCUCUCACCUCUCUCAUCCAAGACCAUUAUCCUACAUGAGGCUUGUGAUAGCUGUAAAAAAAAAAAAAAAAAGAUAUCUCUAUAACAAAUAUUGAAUGUCGGUUCUAUUUGAUUAGGACUCUAUAAAAUCUGAUUUUUUUCCCCCUAAAUUAAAUUUUCUCCGUUUUGUUUUUCCAGGUUUCAGAUUUUUACUUUUUGUAAUAAGUUCAAUACUUCAAUAUUGUUGAAUUCCAUUUUAAUGUCCGUGAUUCCAUCCACGUUCUCCGCAUCGCAGAUUUUAUAGGGUCCUACAUGAUGUAUUCCUAUUUGAGUGUUCUGUCUCGUCGCAUUCUGAAUAAGCCCCUGAAGUUAGUCUUGGAGAUCCCGUUUGCCGGUUUUUAUUUCAGCAUUCACUUUCAGUCAAUGAAUGAAUGCUAUGGAUAUACGCGCAAUUGAGCAUUGUCAUGCUUGCAACAAAACCCAAUGCUUGUAACAUGAUGGUUGCAACAAAUACCUGCUUACGAAGGCUUCUUUCAGGAUCAACUUACUUACAAUUUAUGACCUAAUGUAGCAUUUCAAAUGGCACCAUAUUCCUUAUUUAGGGCACUACUUUGGACCAAAGCGCUUGUUAAAAGUAGGGCACUACAUAGGGAAUAGGUUGCCAUUUGGGGUAUGUUCAAUAUGUUAGUGUGCAUCGCCAGUCCAUUUCCCCUGCCUGUGGUGUUAUCUAGUCAUCUCGCACCCUCGUCAUGGUGACCCUGCCUGUAUACAGUAUGACUGCCUGCCUGCUCCAUACCUCUACAUUGCCCUUUCUCUACUUCCUUGUCUCCCUCUUCACUUUGGCAUCCGUCCAUCCCUCCACGCCUCCUCCCCUGGGCGUUAACUGAUGGUAGACCCCUUCGUUGCAGCAGAAGGAAGAUGCUCGCUCUCCUGUGCCCCAGGCUGGCCUCAGCCUGGUCUCCUCCACCUCCUCAGCCCAGGCCAUGACAGCCAAGGAGGAGCAGGACGAGCCCGAGGAGCUGGACUUCAUGUUCGACGAGGAGAUGGAGCAGAUGGACGGCCGCAGGAACACAUUUACCGACUGGUCCGACUCGGACUCGGACUGCGAGAUCGCCGACAACGACGUCAACAAGAUCCUCAUUGUGACACAGACGCCGCCCUACCUGCGCAAGCACCCAGGGGGCGACCGAACGGGCCACCACACGUCACGCUCCAAGCUGACCAACGAGCUGGUGAAGGUGAUCAACGACGGCCUGUACUACUACGAAGCGGACCUGAGGGAUGACAACUACGAACCCGAGUACGCCACCAUCAAGGUCAGUCCCUUUUACUUUGACUUCAACUCUGUAGUCAGGUAGCAAGCACUCUUAUCUAGAAUAGGUGCAUUAAUUUAAGGACUGUAAAGAUGGAUAUCAGAAUGUUCCAUAGGGAGUAACUAAGUAUUUGGGAACAGCCUAAGUAAUUCCAGAUUUUCCAGUUAAAUGAGGCAUGUGCCUAGUUUCCAUCAGGCCCGGAAACCAUUUAAAGAAAAUACACUCUGUUGUGCAAGUCACCAUUCGGAGAUAAAGAAAAACAACAACAAAUAGACAAUAAUAAACAAAACCAUUAUGAACAACCGCGUAUCACUGAUAUACCUUAAGUGGGCUAUUCUGACAAGUUCCGGGUGUCCAUUCUGGCUGCAGUGUGUGUGUGUGCGUGUUGUCCCCGCUCCCAUUGUGGCAGGGCUCUUUGUGCCGUUCACAUGCCCCCCAUCCAGUGGUGUGGGGGGGGGGGGGACACUGUCUUGCUUAUGAAUAAACCCUACAUGGCCUGCCUCUGCCUAGCAAAGGGCUCUGUGGAGUGGGUUUCAGGGGGGAAAAUGGCUUUUCAGAUGUCUUCAGCGAUUACUUGGUCAGAGAUGGCCAGCGUUUCAAAUGUAAGUCUUGUUUCCUAGGUUGCAUCCAAAGUGGAACCCUAUUUCCUAUUUAGUGCACUACUUUUCACCAGAACUCUAUGGGCCCUGUUCAAAACUAGUGCACUAUAAUAGGAUGUCAUUUGGGACAAAAGCUCAGUGUAUGCAAGUCAAGUUCUAGUUUAGUUCCUAUAAUUUUGUUGCUAUUUUUAUACCACUUUUGUCUUUCAGUAAAGUUGAGGGUUCUGUGUUGUGUUUGGAGGUUGUUACUGUUGACAAAGCCUCAGUUUGAAAUGGACUGGAAUUAAAUUAUAGUUUGAUGAAGGCUCUAAGUUAAUAUAGCCUAUUAGUAUUAUUGGCCACCAUGCCAUGUUGGUGUGUGUCCAACCGUCGCCAAACCUUUGAAGAAGGUACAGUUGAAGUCGGAAGUUUACAUACACUUAGGUUGGAGUCAUUAAAACUUGUUUUCAACCACUCCACAAAUUUCUUGUUAACAAACUAUAGUUUUGGCAAGUCGGUUAGGACAUCUACUUUGUGCAUGACACAAGUAAUUUUUCCAACAAUUGUUUACAGACAGAUUAUUUCACUUAUAAUUCACUGUAUCACAUUUCCAGUGGGUCAGAAGUUUACAUACACUAAGUUGACUGUGCCUUUAAACCGCUUGGAAAAUUCCAGAAAAUGAUGUCAUGGCUUUAGAAGCUUCUGAUAGGCUAAUUGACAUAAUUUGAGUCAAUUGGAGGUGUACCUGUGGAUGUAUUUCAAGGCCUACCUUCAAACCCAGUGCCUCUUUGCUUGACAUCAUGGGAAAAUCAAAAGAAAUCAGCUAAGACCUCAGAAAACAAAUUGUAGACCUCCACAAGCCUGGUUCAUCCUUGGGAGCAAUUUCCAAACGCCUGAAGGUACCACGUUCAUCUGUACAAACAAUAGUACGCAAGUAUAAACACCAUGGGACCACGCAGCCAUCAUACCGCUCAGGAAGGACACGCGUUCUGUCUCCUAGAAAUGAACGUCCUUUGGUGCGAAAAGUGCUAAUCAAUCCCAGAACAACAGCAAAGGACCUUGUGAAGAUGCUGGAGGAAACGGGUACAAAAAUAUCUAUAUCCACAAUAAAACGAGUCCUAUAUCGACAUAACCUGAAAGGCCGCUCAGCAAGGAAGAAGCCACUGCUCCAAAACCGCCAUAAGAAAGCCAGACUACGGGUUGCAACUGCACAUGGGGACAAAGAUUGUACUUUUUGGAGAAAUGUCCUCUGGUCUGAUGAAACAAAAAUAGAACUGUUUGGCCAUAAUGACCAUCGUUAUGUUUGGAGGAAAAAGGGGGCUGCUUGCAAGCCGAAGAACACCAUCCCAACUGUGAAGCACGGGGGUGGCAGCAUCAUGCUGUGGGGGUGCUUUGCUGCAGGAGGGUCAGGUGCACUUCACAAAAUAGAUGGCAUCAUGAGGAAGGAAAAUUAUGUGGAUAUUUUGAAGCAACAUCUCAAGACAUCAGUCAGGAAGUUAAAGCUUAGUUGCAAAUGCUUCUUCCAAAUGGACAAUGACCCCAAGCAUACUUCCAAAUUGUGGCAAAAUGGCUUAAGGACAACAAAGUCAAGGUAUUGGAGUGGCCAUCACAAAGCCCUGACCUCAAUCCUAUAGAAAAUCUGUGGGCAGAACUGAAGAAGCGUGUGCGAGCAAGGAGUCCUACAAACCUGACUCAGUUACACCAGCUCUUUCAGGAGGAAUGGGACAAAAUUCACCCAACUUAUUGUGGGAAGCUUGUGGAAGGCUACCUGAAACGUUUGAUCCAAGUUAAACAAUUUAAAGGCAAUGCUACCAAAUAUUAAUUAAUAUAAUAAUAAUAAUAAUAUGCCAUUUAGCAGACGCUUUUAUCCAAAGCGACUUACAGUCAUGAGUGUAUGUAAACUUCUGACCCACUGGGAAUGUGAUUAAAGAAAUAAAAGCUGAAAUAAAUUAUUCUCUCUACUAUUAUUCUGACAUUUCACAUUCUUAAAAUAAAGUGGUGAUCCUAACUGACCUAAGACAGGGAAUUUUUACUAGGAGGUCAGGAAUUGUGAAUUAAAUGUAUUUGGCUAAGGUGUAUGUAAACUUCCGACUUCAACUGUACAUUAUGCUACAUAGAUCAUUUUUGAUUACAGCCGAUUUCCUAUUUCCCCCAACUUUUGUUUGACUCUUGAAGAAGAAAAAACAGUUUUUUUGACAUGCAAUGAGGUAGUGUAAAUGAUCACAUGAUCAAAUAUUUUGCUUUUUGAAUAUUCAUCACCUAGUCUGAUAUUGAUAUUGGGAGGAUUUAUCGGACACAGAUAAAGGCUAGUCCUGGACUAAGUAGAGGUCUCUGGAUCUGAACGGACCCGAGGACAAUCGGACCCAACCCAAUCAUAAAAAAUAAAAUGCCGACUGAACGGGCCAGAGAAUAAUCAGACCCGAACCCAAAUGGACCCGAAGACAACUCAACCUAGACCUGACCCGUACCCUAACGGAUCCGGGUCUAGAUUGGGCCAUCUAUAAGUCAAUAAAUACACCUUAUUAGCGUAAAAUAAAUAUGCUAUAGGCUAUGCAGAGCCAUGGUCAGGUCCAUUCGGGUCCACCCAGGUCUAUCAGCUGUAGUUACAUAGACCCGGUGACAAUCAAACAGGACCUGGUCUCGAGGGACAAGUUAGAAUUUCAGACCCAAUCGGGCCCGGGUUGGGUCUUGGGUAUAUCGGGUCAACCCGGACCCGUGAAGACCUCUACUAAGAAGCACUUUCAAUGGAGAAUCUCCAUUGAACAUACUUUUUAUUCUAGGACUAGACUUAAUCUACCUCCCUGAAACGAACCAGCCUAUUGAGUUUGACCACCACUGUCUCACUGAGCCUCCCUGUCAUGUGAUUGUCUCUGCAGCAAGAGGUGGAAAACUUCAAGAAGGUUCACCUGAUCAGCCGAGAGGAGUUUGACUGCCUGACCCCAGAAACCCCCGUCGACCCCAACCAGGAGGUGCCCCCUGGACCCCCAAAGCCCCAGCAGAGUGAGUACCACAGACACGGACAAGACGUGCACACACACCUACACGGACGAGACGCAGACCUCUCACUAAGACGGGGGUCACACAGCUAUGGCUUAAUCAAGUGCGAAGCACAACCACUCUACUGAACCAACAUUGGGAAAUAACACCAGAUAUAGAGAGCAGAAUAAUUCAUUGGAAUAAGUUGGAAGUGUCUCCAAGUGGGAAUGGUUCUAUGGCUUUACAACACACACCGACAAGCUAUAGGAAUACCUCCACAUAGGACACUGAUCUUAUUCAUGUGCAUAUUGAAAUUGAAGCUGUGAUACAGAAAUGACCCAUAUGAACAUCUGUGUUCCAGAGAUCACUCGUGACUCUCAUCUCUCAGUUCCCGUAGACGCCUUGGCGAACAAACUUUUCGGUGCCCCUGAACCUUCCACAAUAGCACGCUCCCUCCCGACUACUGUGCCUGACUCGCCCAACUACCGCAGUGCCCGGACACCCCGCACGCCUCGCACCCCGCACCGGAAGGACCCCGCCAUGACGCCCCGCUUCUACCCCGUUGUGAAGGAGAGCUGGCCCGUUGACGCCAAGGUAAGAACAGUUAGUUUCUGCCAUUUUGCUUAGACUCGCCCAGAUCCUGUAGAUCUACCAGGGUACAGUUGUCUAUUGGUUAUUGAUUUUGACAUAUCCAACAUCUGUGAGGCGGCACACUGAUCCUCUGUUUAUGCUAAUACGUUACAUCUGUGAGGCGGCACACUGCUCCUCUGUUUAUGCUAAUACGUUACAUCUGUGAGGCAGCACACUGCUCCUCUGUUUAUGCUAAUACGUUACAUCUGUGAGGCGGCACACUGCUCCUCUGUUUAUGCUAAUACGUUACAUCUGUGAGGCAGCACACUGCUCCUCUGUUUAUGCUAAUACGUUACAUCUGUGAGGCGGCACACUGCUCCUCUGUUUAUGCUAAUACGUUACAUCUGUGAGGCGGCACACUGCUCCUCUGUUUAUGCUAAUACGUUACAUCUGUGAGGCGGCACACUGCUCCUCUGUUUAUGCUAAUACGUUACAUCUGUGAGGCGGCACACUGCUCCUCUGUUUAUGCUAAUACGUUACAUCUGUGAGGCGGCACACUGCUCCUCUGUUUAUGCUAAUACGUUACAUCUGUGAGGCGGCACACUGCUCCUCUGUUUAUGCUAAUACGUUACAUCUGUGAGGCGGCACACUGCUCCUCUGUUUAUGCUAAUACGUUACAUCUGUGAGGCGGCACACUGCUCCUCUGUUUAUGCUAAUACGUUACAUCUGUGAGGCGGCACACUGCUCCUCUGUUUAUGCUAAUACAUUACAUCUGAAACUGCCGACUAGGGAUGGAUUAGGGUCUGGGACUGCUGUGGUUCUCUGCUGUGGGUACUGUGUGGUUAACUGUACUCUCUCUAUCCCCCUCCCUCUCCAGACCCCCAGGAAAAGGAAGACCAGGCACAGCUCCAACCCCCCCAUGGAGUGCCACGUUGGCUGGGUGAUGGACUCGCGAGAGCACCGAUCUCGCACUGCCUCCGUCAGGUGAGACAAGUCCACUCUCAUCUCCUGUGGUAUUGCUAACGUGUACACUUUAAUUGUUCAUUCUACUACAUUUUUACAUUUUUACAUUUUAGUCAUUUAGCAGACGCUCUUAUCCAGAGCGACUUACAGUUAUCACAUACAUUAUUUUAUCGAACCCACAACCCUGGCGUUGCAAACGCCAUGCUCUACCAACUGAGCUACAUCCCCUGCCGGCCAUUCCCUCCCCUACCCUGGACGACGCUGGGCCAAUUGUGCGCCACCCCAUGGGUCUCCCGGUCGCGGCCGGCUACGACAGAGCCUGGAUUCGAACCAGGAUCUCUAGUGGCACAGCUAGCACUGCGAUGCAGUGCCUUAGACCACUGCGCCACUCGGGAGAGACAAAAGGCUAGCUACAAAAGGCUUUUUGUUAUAUCUUCUUUAGAACAUUUCACCGCAAUAAAUAUUGUUGAAGUCAUACUGAAUUGUUUAUCAUUUACACAUUGGUAAAUGUACUUACCAAUGCUGUACUUAUACCAGCGUUUCCCAGACUCGGUCCUGAUGACCCCAAGGGGUGCACAUUUUAGUUUUUUUCCCCUAGCGCUACACAGCUGAUUCAAAUAAUCACAGCCCAGUGAUGAGUUGAUUAUUUGAAUCUGCUGUGUAGUGCUAGGGCAAAAACCAAAAUGUGCACCCCUUGGGGUCCCCAAGACAGAGUUUGGAAAAUGCUGACUUAUACCCAUUUCAUACAGGUUUAAUUUGUCGGUGGUGUUUGUAUGUGCGUUUAAGCACUCCUCCUCUUCCCUCUCUCUCCAGCUCCAACGCAAGCCCCUCAGAGGGUACCCCUGCAUUGGGUGGAAUUGGCUGCACUCCCCAGUCGCUCCCCAAGUUCCAGCACCCCUCCCAUGAGCUGCUCAAGGAGAACGGCUUCACGCAACACGUUUACCACAAGUACCGUCGACGCUGCCUAAACGGUACGCAUAGCUACCCAUAUCUUUUUCCCUGAACAAAGAACACACACAGACUUAAUCACUCAUUCACACACUUACACAGUACAGCCAUAGCACCUUUGCCAUUUCAAAAAUUUGCCCACACCAUUUCAUAUACCUCUUCCAUUGUUCACUAUCUCCUAUUCAAAGACUAGAAAGUUAUGUCACACACGUGUCACAUUAUACUUGUGGAUAAAUAGUUAGAAACACUGCAUAUAGAAACAAUAGCUGUUGCUUACUUUGUCACACAGGUUGCAUCCCAAAUGGUCAAUGGCCUACAUAGUGCACUACUUUUGAUAAUAUAGGGAAUAGGGUGGCAUUUGGGACACAACCAUGGUGUCUGACUGACCUUUCACCCCUCUACCCCACUAAUCACAGAACGCAAGCGGUUGGGCAUCGGCCAAUCCCAGGAGAUGAACACUCUGUUCCGUUUCUGGUCAUUCUUCCUGAGGGAUCACUUCAACAGGAAAAUGUACGAGGAGUUCAGACAGCUGGUGGUGGAGGAUGGGAAGGAGGGUUACAGGUAAUGCUUGAUUUCAUUCUUUGUUUAAUACUUACCCGCCUACCAAUUAUACACAGUACUUUGAUUGUAAAGGGCCUACAGUUGAAGUCGGAAUUUUACAUACACCUUAGCCAAAUACAUUUAAACUCCGUUUUUCACAAUUCCUGACAUUCAAUCCUAAUAAAAAUUCCCUGUCUUAGGCCAGUUAGGAUCACCAGUUUAUUUUAAGAAUGUGAAAUGUCAGAAUAAUAGUAGAGAGAAUGAUUUAUUUCAGCUUUUAUUUCUUUCAUCACAUUCCCAGUGGGUCAGAGGUUUACAUACAUGCAAUUAGUAUUUGGUAGCAUUGCCUUUAAAUUGUUUAACUUGGGUCAAACGUUUUGGGUAGCCUUCCACAAGCUUCCCACAAUAAGUUGGGUGAAUUUUGUCCCAUUCCUCCUGACAGAGCUGGUGUAACUGAGUCAGGUUUGUAGGCCUCCUUGCUCGCACACGCUUUUUCAGUUCUGCCCACAGAUUUUCUAUAGGAUUGAGGUCAGGGCUUUGUGAUGGCCACUCCAAUACCUUGACUUUGUUGUCCUUAAGCCAUUUUGCCACAACUUUGGAAGAAUGCUUGGGGUCAUUGUCCAUUUGGAAGACCCAUUUGCGACCAAGCUUUAACUUCCUGACUGAUGUCUUGAGAUGUUGCUUCAAUAUAUCCACAUAAUUUUCCUUCCUCAUGGUGCCAUCUAUUUUGUGAAGUGCACCAGUCCCUCCUGCAGCAAAGCACCCCCACAGCAUGAUGCUGCCACCCCCGUGCUUCACGGUUGGGAUGGUGUUCUUCGGCUUGCAAGCGUUCCCCUUUUUCCUCCAAACAUAACGAUGGUCAUUAUGGCCAAACAGUUCUAUUUUUGUUUCAUCAGACCAGAGGACAUUUCUCCAAAAAGUACGAUCUUUGUCCCCAUAUGCAGUUGCAAACCGUAGUCUGGCUUUUUUAUGGCGGUUUUGGAGCAGUGGCUUCUUCCUUGCUGAGUGACCUUUCAGGUUAUGUCGAUAUAGGACUCAUUUUACUGUGGAUAUAGAUACUUUAGUACCUGUUUCCUCCAGCAUCUUCAGAAGGUCCUUUGUUGUUGUUCUGAGAUUGAUUUGCACUUUUCACACCAAAGUACGUUCAUCUCUAGGAGACAGAACGCGUGUCCUUCCUGAGCGGUAUGAUGGCUGUGUGGUCCCAUGGUGUUUAUACUUGCGUACUAUUGUUUGUACAGAUGAACGUGGUACCUCAGGCGUUUGGAAAUUGCUCCCAAGGAUGAACCAGACUUGUGGAGGUCUACCAUUUUUUUUCUGAGGUCUUGGCUGAUUUCUUUUGAUUUUCCCAUGAUGUCAAGCAGAGGCACUGAGUUUGAAGGUAGGCCUUGAAGUACAUCCACAGGUAUGCCUUCAAUUGACUGAAAUUAUGUCAAUUAGCCUAUCAGAAGCUUCUAAAGCCAUGACAUCAUUUUCUGAAAUUUUCCAAGGCACAGUCAACUUAGUGUAUGUAAACUUCUGACCCACUGGAAAUGUGAUACAGUGAAUUAUAAGUGAAAUAAUCUGUCUGUAAACAAUUGUUGGAAAUAUAACUUGUGUCAUGCACAAAGUAGAUGUCCUAACCGACUUGCCAAAACUAUAGUUUGUUAACAAGACAUUUGUGGAGUGGUUGAAAAAACGAGUUUUAAUGACUCCAACUUAAGUGAUGUAAACUUCUGACUUCAACUGUAAAAAUGCGUGUUGGGCAAGGAGAGUGCAAUGUGUGAAGGCUCUUGACCCGUAAAAGUAUUUGGGCCUAAAAUUGUGUUUUGAAAGGGGAGGCAACAGGGGCGUCAAUGUGUGCAGGCACUUGUUCCAGCCCUGCUCUAACACACACCUGAUUCAAUCAAGCACAGGCAUUUUUCUGCCAAUGAAAUCCUCUUAAGUCUAAACAGUGUACAAAAUUAUUUUUCAGGAUGAAAAAACACUUUCUGUGUAAGCUUAAACAACUAAAACCAGAUAUGAAGCAUGUAGAAAAGAUUACAAAAAAAAUAUAAACGCAACAUGUAAAGUGUUGGGCCCAUGUUUCAUGAGCUGAAAUAAAAGAUCCCAGAAGUUUUCCACAUGCACAAAAAGCUUAUUUCUCUCAAAUGUUGUGCAUACAUUUGUUUACAUCCCUGUUAGUGAGCAUUUCUCCUUUGCCAAGAUAAUCAAUCCACCUGACAGGUGUGGCAUAUCAAGAAGAUGAUUAAACAGCAUGAUCAUUACACAGGUGCACCUUGUGCUGGGAACAAAAGGCAACUCUAAAAUGUGCAGCUUUGUCACACAACACAAUGCCACAUAUGUCUCAAGUUUUGAGGGAGCGUGCAAUUGGCAAGCUGACUGCAGGAAUGGCCACCACAGCUGUUGCCAGAGUUUAAUGUUAAUUUAUUAACAUUAAAUUCUCUACCAUAAGCCAAUGUUGUUUUAGAGAAUUUGGCAGUAUGUCAUACCAGCCUCACAACCGAAGACCACGUGUAACCACACCAGGCCAGGACUUCCACAGCUGGCUUCUUCACCUCUCAGACCCAUCACCUGGACAGCUGAUCGAACUGUGGGUUUGCACAACCAAAUAAUUUCUGCACAAACUGUCAGAAACCGUCUCAGGGAAGCUCAUCUGCGUGGUAGUCGUCCUCACCAGGGUCUUGACCUGACUGCAGUUCGGUGUCGUAAUCGACUUCAGUGGGCAAAUGCUCACCUUCGAUGACCACUGGCACGCUGGAGAAGUGUGCUCUUCCCGGAUGAAUCCCGGUUUCAACUGUACCGGGCAGAUGGCAGACAGUGUGUAUGGCAUUGUGUGGGCGAGGGGGUUUUCUUAUGUCAACGUUGUGAACAGAGUGCCCCAUGGUGAUGGUGGGGUUAUGGUAUGGGCAGGAUUAAGCUACAGACAACGAACACAACUACAUUUUAUUGAUGGCAAUUUGAAUACACAGAGAUACCGUGAUGAGAUCACCCAUUGAGCAUGUUUGGGAUGCUCUGGAUCGACGUGUACGACAGCGUGUUCCAGUUCCCGCCAAUGUCCAGCGACUUCGCACAGCCAUUGAAGAGGAGUGGGACAACAUUCCACGGGCCACAAUCAACAACCUGAUCAACUCUGCUAAGGAGAUGUGUCGCACUGCAUGAGGCAAAUGGAGGUCACACCGGAUACUGACUGGUUUUCUGAUCUAUGCCCCUAUCAUUUUUUUAAGGUAUCUGUGACCAACAGAUGCAUAUCUGUAUUCCCAGUCAUGUGAAAUCCAUAGAUUAGGGCCUAAUUUAUUUAUUUCAAUUGACUGAUUUCCUCAUAUGAACUGUAACUCAGUCAAAUCUUUGCAUUUAUAUUUUUGUUCAGUGUAUUUUUUAAAUAAUAUAAUCUUUGAGAACUAACAAUUACCAAAAUAAAAGCUAGACAGUCAGGGUGAAUUGAAAAUUCCAAAAACAAUUAAUUUAGCAGUAUUGAUUUUAUUAUGUUUGAGCAAAAUAACACAGCAUUAGCCAUGGCAAAAUGCAUGGAAUUGCAGGAAAUUCGCUUUAAAACUGCAAACAUUUCUUUCCGCUGCAUGGAGAACUGUGUAGAAAUGCAGGAAAUUGGUUUAAAAAUGCAAUGAUUUCUCUACACUGCCAAAUUGUAUUUGAAAUUCAGCGGUGCCGACAGGCCGAUCGCGUCCAUUGCCACGCCCACCACCUAAGCCCCUUUUUGAUCCAGAUAAACCCUGCAAGCUUAGUCUUCAAUUUAGACCACCAUGUUGAAUCAGCCAUGUAACUGAUGAGUUGGAACAAAAGCCUGCACUCAUUGUGGCCUCCCGAGUACCACUACUACUGUUAGUAGUGGUACUAGUGUUAGUAGUGGUACUAGUGUUAGUAGUAGUGUUUAGUCUGCUCGACCACCACACACAGCUGAUUAAUACCUGUUGUCUGUAUUGCAGGUACGGUUUGGAGUGCCUGUUCAGGUACUACAGCUACGGACUAGAGAGGAAAUUCAGGCCAGACAUAUUCAAGGACUUCCAGGAGGAGACUAUGAAAGACUACGAAGCUGGUGAGAUGCAUCACCUAGGAAACCUCAACCGUACACAUUCACACUGCUCAAUAACUCUCAAUUUGGUUACUACUGUUCCUCCAAAAUGAGUACGUUCUGUGUCCCAAAUGGCACCAAAUUCCCCAUAUAGUGCAGUACGUUUGACCGGAGCCUUAUAUAGGGAAUAGGGUGCCGUUUGGGACGUAGCCUUAGACUUCCCCCUAACACCUGCCUGUCUCUGUGUCCCAAUCUCCCACAGGCCAGCUGUAUGGACUUGAGAAGUUUUGGGCAUUUCUUAAAUACUCCAAAAACAAGAACAUGGGUAUCGACCCUAAGCUGCAGGAGUGCCUGAGCAAUUUUAAGCGUCUCGAGGAUUUCAGAAUCGAUGUAAGUAGGGAAACCUGUCAAAGAAUGUUGUGUAAUUUUCUCUUCUACAUUUUACUACUAGGGAAACCUGUUAAAGUACAUGUUUAGACACCUUUACUACAACUUUUUCACUGCUAGCCACAUGAGUGCUAUCAUUCUUCGCCAGGCUUUUGUAGGGUCAAAGUACUGAGCAAGUGGGUUUGUUAAACAUUAAAGGGAUCCCCGUUGUUGCAUAGAGAUGUAUAGAGUUGGGGUGUAACGUUUAAAUGAAAUUGGGACCGUUAACAUUUAGAAAAAAUCCCUAACUGAAUAUAUACACACACACACUACCGGUCAAAAGUUUUAGAACACCUACUCAUUCAAGGGUUUUUCUUUAUUUUUACUAUUUUCUACAUCAAAACUAUGAAAUAACAUAUAUGGAAUCAUGUAGUAACCAAAAAAGUUUUAAACAAAUAAAAAAAUAUUGUAUAUUUGAGAUUCUUCAAAGUAGCCACCCUUUGCCUUGAUGACAGCUUUGCACACACUUGGCACUCUUGCAUUUCAAUUAACAGGUGUGCCUUGUUAAAAGUUAAUUUGUGGAAUUUCUUUCCUUCUUAAUGGGUUUGAGCCAAUCAGUCGCAAGAACAGCUCAAAUAAGCAAAGAGAAACGACAGCCCAUCAUUACUUUAAGACAUGAAGGUCAGUCAAUACGGAACAUUUCAAGAACUUUGAAAGUUUCUUCAAGUGCAGUCGCAAAAACCAUCAAGCGCUAUGAUGAAACUGGCUCUCAUGAGGACCAGCCUCAGAAAUUGCAGCCCAAAUAAAUGCUUUACAGAGUUCAAGUCACAGACACCUCAACAUCAACUGUUCAGAGGGGACUGUGUGAAUCAGGCCUUCAUGGUCGAAUUGCUCUAAAGAAACCACUAUUAAAAGGAUACCAAUAAGAAGAAGAGACCUGCUUGUGCCAAGAAACACGAGCAAUGGACAUUAGACUGGUGGAUGUCUGUCCUUUGGUCUGGAGUCCAAAUUGGAGAUGUUUGGUUCCAACCGCCAUGUCUUUGUGAGACGCGGUGUGGGUAAACGGAUGAUUUCCGCAUGUGUAGUUCCCCCCCCCACCCACCUUUUCCCAACACAACUGAUUGGCUGAAACACAUUAAGAAGGAAAGAAAUUCCACAAAUUAACUUUUAACAAGGCACACCUGUUAAUUGAAAUGCAUUCCAGGUGACUACCUCAUGAAGCUGGUUGAGAGAAUUCCAAGAGUGUGCAAAGCUGUCAAGGCAAAGCGUGGCUAUUUGAAGAAUCUCAAAUAUAAAAUAUAUUUUGAUUUGAUUAACACUAAUUUGGUUACUACAUGAUUCCAUAUGUGUUAUUUCAUAGUUUUGAUGUCUUCACUAUUGUUCUACAAUGUAAAAAAUUAUGAAAAACCCUUGAAUAAGUAGGUGUGUCCAAACUUUUGACUUGUAGUGUACAUACAUAGAGUGGCUUGCGAAAGUAUUCACCCCCCUUGGCAUUUUUCCUAUUUUGUUGCCUUACAACCUGGAAGGCAAUACUUUGUAGAGACAUCUUUUGCAGCAAUUACAGCUGCAAGUCUCUUGGGGUAUGUCUCUAUAAGCUUGGCACAUCUAGCCACUGGGAUUUUUUCCCAUUCUUCAAGGCAAAACUGCUCCAGCUCCUUCAAGUUGGAUGGGUUCCGCUGGUGUACAGCAAUCUUUAAGUCAUACCACAGAUUCUCAAUUGGAUUGAGGUCUGGGCUUUGACUAGGCAAUUCCAAGACAUUUACAGUGGGGGAAAAAAGUAUUUAGUCAGCCACCAAUUGUGCAAGUUCUCCCACUUAAAAAGAUGAGAGAGGCCUGUAAUUUUCAUCAUAUGUACACGUCAACUAUGACAGACAAAAUGAGAAAAAAAAUCCAGAAAAUCACAUUGUAGGAUUUUUUAUGAAUUGAUGUGCAAAUUAUGGGGGAAAAUAAGUAUUUGGUCAAUAACAAAAGUUUCUCAAUACUUUGUUAUAUACCCUUUGUUGGCAAUGACACAGGUCAAACGUUUUCUGUAAGUCUUCACAAGGUUUUCACACACUGUUGCUGGUAUUUUGGCCCAUUCCUCCAUGCAUAUCUCCUCUAGAGCAGUGAUGUUUUGGGGCUGUCGCUGGGCAACACGGACUUUCAACUCCCUCCAAAGAUUUUCUAUGGGGUUGAGAUCUGGAGACUGGCUAGGCCACUCCAGGACCUUGAAAUGCUUCUUACGAUGCCACUCCUUCGUUGCCCGGGCGGUGUGUUUGGGAUCAUUGUCAUGCUGAAAGACCCAGCCACAUUUCAUCUUCAAUGCUCUUGCUGAUGGAAGGAGGUUUUCACUCAAAAUCUCACGAUACAUGGCCCCAUUCAUUCUUUCCUUUACACGGAUCAGUCGUCCUGGUCCCUUUGCAGAAAAACAGCCCCAAAGCAUGAUGUUUCCACCCCCAUGCUUCACAGUAGGUAUGGUGUUCUUUGGAUGCAACUCAGCAUUCUUUGUCCUCCAAACACGACGAGUUGAGUUUUUACCAGAAAGUUCUAUUUUGGUUUCAUCUGACCAUAUGACAUUCUCCCAAUCCUCUUCUGGAUCAUCCAAAUGCACUCUAGCAAACUUCAGACGGGCCUGGACAUGUACUGGCUUAAGCAGGGGGACACGUCUGGCACUGCAGGAUUUGAGUCCCUGGCGGCGUAGUGUGUUACUGAUGGUAGGCUUUGUUACUUUGGUCCCAGCUCUCUGCAGGUCAUUCACUAGGUCCCCCAUGUGGUUCUGGGAUUUUUGCUCACCGUUCUUGUGAUCAUUUUGACCCCACGGGGUGAGAUCUUGCGUGGAGCCCCAGAUCGAGGGAGAUUAUCAGUGGUCUUGUAUGUCUUCCAUUUCCUAAUAAUUGCUCCCACAGUUGAUUUCUUCAAACCAAGCUGCUUACCUAUUGCAGAUUCAGUCUUUCCAGCCUGGUGCAGGUCUACAAUUUUGUUUCUGGUGUCCUUUGACAGCUCUUUGGUCUUGGCCAUAGUGGAGUUUGGAGUGUGACUGUUUGAGGUUGUGGACAGGUGUCUUUUAUACUGAUAACAAGUUCAAACAGGUGCCAUUAAUACAGGUAACGAGUGGAGGACAGAGGAGCCUCUUAAAGAAGAAGUUACAGGUCUGUGAGAGCCAGAAAUCUUGCUUGUUUGUAGGUGACCAAAUACUUAUUUUCCACCAUAAUUUGCAAAUAUAUUCAUUAAAAAUCCUACAAUGUGAUUUUCUGGAUUUUUUUUCUUCUCAAUUUGUCUGUCAUAGUUGACGUGUACCUAUGAUGAAAAUUACAGGCCUCUCAUCUUUUUAAGUGGGAGAACUUGCACAAUUGGUGGCUGACUAAAUACUUUUUUCCCCCACUGUAAAUGUUUCCCCUUAAACCACUCAAGUGUUGCUUUAGCAGUAUGCUUAGGGUCAUUGUCCUGCUGGAAGGUGAACCUCCAUCCCAGUCUCAAAUCUCUGGAAGACUGAAACAGGUUUCCCUCAACAAUUUCCCUGUAUUUAGUGCCAUCCAUCAUUCCUUCAAUUCUAACCAGUUUCCCAGUCCCUGCUGAUGAAAAACAUCCCCACAGCAUGAUGCUGCCACCACCAUGCUUCACUGUGGGGAUGGUGUACUCGGGGUGAUGAGAGGUGUUGGGUUUGCGCCAGACCUAGCGUUUUCCUUGAUCGCCAAAAAGCUCAAUUUUAGUCUCAUCUGACCAGAGUACCUUCUUCCAUAUGUUUGGGGAGUCUCCCACAUGCCUUUUGGCGAACACCAAACGUGUUUGCUUAUUUUUUUCUUAAAGCAAUGGCUUUUUUCUGGCAACUCUUCCGUAAAGUCCAGCUCUGUGGAGUGUAUGGCUUAAAGUGGUCCUAUGAGCAGAUACUCCAAUCUCCACUGUGGAGCUUUGCAUCUCCUUCAGGGUUACCUUUGGUCUCUUUGUUGCCUCUCUGAUUAAUGCCCUCCUUAAACUGGUCCGUGAGUUUUGGUGGGCGGCCCUCUCUUGGCAGGUUUGUUGUGGUGCCAUAUUCUUUCCAUUUUUUAAUAAUGGAUUUAAUGGUGCUCCGUGGGAUGUCAAAGUUUCUGAUAUUUUUUCAGAACCCAACCCUGAUCUGUACUUCUCCACAACUUUGUCCCUGACCUGUUUGGAGAGCUCCUUGGUCUUCAUGGUACCGCUUGCUUGGUGGUGCCCCUUGCUUAGUGGUGUUGCAGACUCUGGGGCCUUUCAGAACAGGUGUAUACAGUUGAAGUCGGAAGUUUACAUACACAUAGGUUGGAGUCAUUAAAACUAGUUUUCAACCACUCCACUAAUUUCUUGUUAACAAACUAUAGUUUUGGCAAGUCGGUUAGGACAUCUACUUUGUGCAUGAUACAAGUAAUUUUUCCAACAAUUGUUUACAGACAGAUUAUUUCACUUAUAAUUCACUGUAUCACAAUUGCAGUGUGUCAGAAGUUUACAUACACUCAGUUUACUGUGCCUUUAAAAAGCUUGGAAAAAGAUGUCAUGGCUUUAGAAACGUCUGAUAGGCUAAUUGACAUCAAUUGUAUUUCAAGGCCUACCUUCAAACUCAGUGUCUCUUUGCUUGACAUCAUGGGAAAAUCAAAAGAAAUCAGCCAAGACCUCAGAAAUCUGGUUCAUCCUUGGGAGCAAUUUCCAAACGCCUGAAGGUAACACGUUCAUCUGCACAAACAAUAGUACGCAAGUAUAAACACCAUGGGACCACGCAGCCGUCAUACCGCUCAGGACGGAGACGCGUUCUGUCUCCUAGAGAUGAACGUACUUUGGUGCGAAAAGUGCAAAUCUAUCCCAGAACAACAGCAAAGGACCUUGUGAAAAUGCUGGAGGAAACAGGUACAAAAAUAUCUAUAUCCACAGUAAAACGAGUCCUAGAUCGACAUAACCUGAAAGGCCGCUCAGAAAGGAAGAAGCCACUGCUCCAAAACCGCAAUUAAAAAAGACAAUACGGUUUGCAACUGCACAUGGGGACAAAGAUCGUACUUUUUGGAGAAAUGUCCUCUGGUCUGAUGAAACAAAAAUAGAACUGUUUGGCCAUAAUGACUAUUGUUAUGUUUGGAGGAAAAAGGGGAAGGGUUGCAAGCCGAAGAACACCGUCCCAACCGUGAAGCACGGGGGUGGCAGCAUCAUGCUGUGGGGGUGCUUUGCUGCAGGAGGGACUGGUGCACUUCACAAAAUAGAUGGCAUCAUGAGGAAGGAAAAUGAUGUGGAUAUAUUGAAGCAACAUCUCAAGACAUCAGUCAGGAAGUUACAGCUUGGUCGCAAAUGGAUCUUACAUAUAGACAAUGACCCCAAUCAUACUUCCAAAGUUGUGGCAAAAUGGCUUAAGGACAACAAAGUCAAGGUAUUGGAGUGGCCAUCACAAAGCCCUGACCUUAAUCCUAUAGAAAGUGUGUGGGCAGAACAGAAAAAGCGUGUGCGAGCAAGGAGGCCUACAAACCUGACUCAGUUACACCAGCUCUGUCAGGAGGAAUGGGCCAAAAUUCACCCAACUUAUUGUGGGAAGCUUGUGGAAGGCUACCCAAAACGUUUGACCCAAGUUAAACAAUUUAAAGGCAAUGCUACCAAAUACUAAUUGAGUGUAUGUAAACUUCUGACCCACUGGGAAUGUGAUGAAAGAAAUAAAAGCUGAAAUAAAUCAUUCUCUCUACUAUUAUUCUGACAUGUCACAUUCUUAAAAUAAAGUGGUGAUCCUAACUGACCUAAAACAGGAAAUUUGUACUAGGAUUAAAUGUCAGGAAUUGUGAAAAACUGAGUUUAAAUGUAUUUGGCUAAGGUGUAUGUAAACUUCUGACUUCAACUGUAUAUACUGAGAUCAUGUGACACUUAGAUUGCACACUGGUGGACUUUAUUUAACUAAUUAUGUGACUUCUGAAGGUAAUUGGUUGCACCAGAUCUUAUUUAGGGGCUUCAUAGCAAAGGGGGUGAAUACAUAUGCACGCACCAGUUAUUUUUUUCAUUUCUCUUCACCAAUUUGGACAAUUUUGUGUAUGUCCAUUACAUGAAAUCAAAAUAAAAUUCCAUUUAAAUUACAGGUUGUAAUGCAAUAAAAUUGGAAAAACGCCAAGGGGGAUGAAUAAUUUUGCAAGGCACAUACAUACAUACAGUUGAAGUCGGAAGUUAACAUACACCUUAGCCAAAUACAUUUAAACACAGUUUUUCACAAUUCCUGACAUUUAAUCCUGUCUUUGGUCAGUUAGGAUAACCACUUUAUUUUAAGAAUGUGAAAUUCACCAGUGAAUAACAACGCUUAGGCCUCCACUUCCAGCUUAGACAUACUAUAUACAUUUUAUGGACACAUUCAAUUUUACAAUAGUUCUAUUUUGUUUGUUUUUACUCCUGAACUUCCUCUACCCUCAGCCUCUCCAAUCAUUUUCAUGAUGUCCAUCCAGUUUGCUUCUAUAUGCCAUGUCUUUCACAAAAGUUCUAUAUUCUCAUUGUUUCUACAGAUUGUAAAUUGAAAAUAAACAUGUUUGCUAAAAGUAUUAUUAUAUUAUUGAUCGCUUGACUAUGACUUUUCAGAUCACCCAGUAGUGCUAUCUGCAGUUUUAGCUCCAGGUAAAUAUUGCAAUUCUUCAGCCAUUCCUGGACCUGUGACCAAAAACAAGCUACAAAUGGACAAUACCAAAACAAAUGAUCUAAUGUUUUGUACUUUGUUGAAGUAUCCUCGAGUCUUCUUGUGUAUGAUGCUUCAAGCUUGGCACACCUGUAUUUGGGGAGUUUCUCCCAUUCUUCACACCAGACCCUCUCAAGCUCUGUCAGGUUGGAUGGGGAGUGUCGCUACACAGCUAUUUUCAGAUCUCUCCAGAGAUGUUCGAUCGGGUUCAAGUCCGGGCUCUGGCUGAGCGACUCAAGGACAUUGAGGCUUGUCCCGAAGCCACUCCUGCAUUGUCUUGGCUGUGUGCUUAGGGUCAUUGUCCUUUGGAAGGUCAACCACCUGUUUUCAUCAAGGAUCUUUCUGUACUUUGCUCCAUUCAUCUUUGCCUUGAUCCUGACUAGUCUCCCAGUCCCUGCCGCUGAAUAACAUCCCCACAGCAUGAUGCUGCCACCACCGUAGGAAUGGUGCCAGGUUUCCUCCAGACGUGACGCUUGGCAUUCAGGCCAGAGAAUCUUGUUUCUCAUGGUUUGAGAGUCCUUUAGGUGCCUUUUGGCAAACUCCAAGCGGGCUGUCGUGCCUUUUACUGAGGAGUGGCUUCUGUCUGGCCGCUCUACCAUAAAGGCCUGAUUGGUGGAGUGCUGCAGAGAUGGUUGUCCUUCUGGAAGGUUCUCCCAUCUCCACAGAGGAACUCUAGAGCUCUGUCAGAGUGACCAUAGGGUUCUUGGUCACCUCCCUGACCAAGGCCCUUCUCCCCCGAUUGCUCAGUUUGGCCGGACGGCCAGCUCUAGGAAAAGUCUUGGUGGUUCCAAGCUUCUUCCAUUUAAGAAUGAUGGAGGCUACUGUGUUCUUGGGAACCUUCAAUGCUGCCUACAUUCUUUGGUACCCUUCCCCAGAUCUGUGCCUCGACACAAUCCUGUCUCGGAACUCUACGGGCAAUUCCUUCGACCUCAUGGCUUGGCUGUUGCUCUGACAUGCACUGUCAACUGUGGGACUUUAUAUAGACAGGUGGGUGCCUUUCCAAAUCAUGUCCAAUCAAUUGAAUUUACCACAGGUGGACUCUAAUCAAGUUGUAGAAACAUCUCAAGGAUGAUGAAUGGAAACCGGAUUCACCUGACCUCAAUUUCGAGUCUCAUAGCAAAGGGCCUGAAUACUUAUGUAAAUAAGGUAUUUCCGUUUUUCUUUUCUUUUUGCAAAAAUUUCGAAAAAACCGUUUUUGCUUUGUCAUUAUGGGGUACUGUGUGUAGAUUGAUGAGGAUUUGUAUUUAUUUAAUCCAUUUUAGAACAAGGCUGUAACGUAACAAAAUGAGGAAAAAGUCAAGGGGUCUGAAUACUUUCCGAAUGCACUGUAUCUACAUCAAUUUCCUCGUACACCUGCACAUCGACUCAGUACUGGUACCCCGUGUAUAUAGCCAAGGUAUCGUUACUCAUGUUGUAUGUAUUUAUUAUUAUUAUUGAUAAUUUUUCUAUAAUUUGUCUCUCUACAUUGUUGGGAAGGGGCCCGUAAGUAAUUAUUUCACUGUUAGUCUACACCUGUUGUUUACGAAGCAUGUAACAAAUACAAUUAGAUUUUGAUGUCAUAGCUGACACCCCAUCUUUUAAUCUUAUUUCGAAGCAGAUAUUUAACGAAGUUUUGGGAAAAACGUGGUCGCAUAAAAACUGAGGGAGAUUUUACCACACUGCAAUCUGCACAGUUCAUCCAGUAAAUGUGUUUUUGUGAAAUGUUCUGUGUAAAUUGUUCAAAGUAGUCCUUGUGCAUAGAGUUAUAUGCUUUGUUAAACUUUGAAAUUAAUGGUUUUUGUUUGGCAUAGAUUUUAAAGUGAAAGAUCUGAGUCAGUGUAAUUCCGUUAACGUGGAAUUGUCCUUAGAGAACGUCUGUAGAGCCCCAGUCAAUCCCACAUCUCACCAUUUUCCUUCAUUGCAGCCCCCGAUGGAGGAGGGAGGCCGCAAGAGACACUCAUCCAGCGGAGAUGGUUGCCGCCGCCACCCCUCCCAAGGCUCCAGCCGCCCCCACAGCCAAAGUGGCAUCAGCCCAGCCCCGUUUGCCCAGGCCCCAGCCAGGGAUGAUGCCAAAAACAGCAGCCAGAGCCAGCGACCUGCAGCCCGGGCCCCGGCAACCACAUCAGACGCCCAGCCACCAAAGUAA